GCGAUAGUCGGCUGUAGACAGCUGAAGAGCUGCGAGGCAGAACCGCUGCGGUACCGGGACAAAACAAAAGCCUUCAGUGAUCCAACGAGAGCCGGGACAGGAGGUGAGUGGGAGGGCUACUUAACAGAUCACAAGAUGUUAACCUAUACCUGAAAAUGUUAAAUUAUGAUCAUAAAUUCUUGACUUAAUGAUCACAGGCUGAUUUCACGCUGAUAAUUUUCACUGUUUAAUGUAAACUUCAGAUCUUUCCCUGUCGAUCCUACUACUUUUGUGAAGUUAUUGAGAAAGACCGCUUUAAAUAUAGAUUUAGUUGUGCAUCUUCCUUUAUUUAAAGCACAGUUGACUGUGAAUAUUUGUCUAAAAUUACUGUUUAACUUUCUUUUCUUUAAGAUAAAGUGCUUCUUUGUGAUCAAUGAGAGGUGUGUGGAGGAGGCUUUAUUUACUCAUUUCAAUGAUUACUUUCCCUUCUUUGUUACAAGUAAAACAUUACUAAAUGUUAAAUAUUAGAAAUACCAGCCAGAUUAUCAGUCUGUGGGUCCUGUCUGAGCCAAGUGGAAGCUUAACUCUCGCAGGAGUUACAGGGAAAAAAAACGCCCACAAUUAUUCCUAGUAGGUAGCCAGGUAAUGAAAUUACAAGCACUCAGUAAAAGUGCAGCUUUUUCCUCCACACUGUGUCCUGCACUCUAACAUACAAACUGCACACUGCAUACUGAGCGAGCCUGUGGUUUUAUCAGGAAAAAUUGCUCUAAUCCUGUUUAGUGCAUUCACAAACAGGCACCUAGCACCCUGAAAUAUUUGGUUUGCAAGCUGGCAGACUUGUUUUUCUUCACACAUUGGAAGAAUGAAGCCGGAGAUUAUGUGGGAUUUGAGGUUGUUUAGCAAGCAGGGAAGAGAAACACUAUGCAGAGUGAGCACAUGCUGAAUGCUGAGAGUAGAUUACCAGACAUGCCUGCACCCUAUAUGAGUGAUUAAGUGGAAAAAUUGAUGUGAUACUGGGUGACAUAUAUGUGCUUCAUGUGCCUCGGAGAUAAAACUGCUUCCUGUGCAUUUAUGUGGCUGUGUCCUAAUUGUGUAUUUAGUUCAUGUCUGUGAGUGUGUAUUUUUGUGUUGCAGCACACACCACACUCAAUCUCAUGUUUCACAGAUCAGAUCACAAAAAUCUAACAGGACAUUUACCCAGUAACGCUGUAAUGACGCUGGUGUGAAGCCCCAGCACUGUAGUGAAACCUGUGAUUAUAUUAAACUUGCCCCUGCUCAUUAGAGAAUACAGGUUUACAAAAAUCUAUUAAAUUGAAUAGAGAGCUUAUGAAAGAUAUCUCGCCUCGAGGGCUGAUUCUGUUUCACUAUGUAUUUUCAAUAGCAGCGGGUGGAGCCGGUUGAGACACAUUCGUUGCUGUAAACAACAAUAAGACCUGUUUGUACUUGCUACCAGCCAAACAAAAACAGUACACCUUCACAUGCAGAGAGGCUACAGUUGACGAAUGCUGCACUUCAGUGUGGUAGUAAAGUCAGUGUGGCGGUUUAGUGUCCAGGGAGAAGAGGGAAGUAAUGAGCUCUGGCCCUGACUGACUCGCACUUGCUAAUGUCUUUCUCAACUCAUUUGCUAAACAUUUCCGUAGGACAUUGAAAAAGAGGUGGUGUGAAAUCGCAGCGGUAUGUUGCAGAUGAAUGUUGAUGAACAGAUUGGUUGUGUCACCCCCCGGAUUAAUUCAAUUUGUGUCAAAUUUAUUUUUUUAUAUUUUGCUCGAUCAGCUACGCUCACUCAAGGAAAAUAUCUUUUUUAAUAUCACUCUCAGGGUUUGAAGACAUAAUGUUGUUAUAAUGUGUUACUGCAGCAGAGCAGGGAUAAAGAUAAUCUGAACAAUUAUCAUCAUUUAGCUGCUUUUGGGUUGAUGGGCCACUAAGACUGAAAGAAAUAUAUCAGUGAAAACUGGAAGGACAAAGAGCCAUGUAUGAGCGUUAAAGGGAUAUUCCGGCGUAAAAUUAAUUUAGGGUCAAACACACCAUAACACCAAGUUAGACACCCCCUUGAAGGAUGAAUGUUGCAGACUGCUUGCUUCUCUAGUUAUACCAACUGUAAUAACGACCGCACGAUAGCAGUACACAGCGGUCUGAGGAGCCAUAAACAAACCUCAACCAAAACGCCACUCUAUAGCCACAAAUAAUGCUCAGAACAGCACCUAACUUCAUCAACAGUACAUAUAGGGUCCCAGCCACAGUACUUGCCACCAAACAUCUUUUUAGCUUUGUCUAAUUUCCUUAGCAAAGAGUCUAAACACAUCUCACCUACUCUCUUCCAGCAGCCGCUUGUUUGUUUGUAGUGAGAUCUCAGGCCAGUCCAUUACAGACUGCUGCGGGGUGACGCAGCUCAAGGAAGAAUAUUUAUGAUCAUUCCUCCAUGGAAAUGCAAUCAGACCAAGAUGCAAAGGCAGAAGAACUACCGCAUCUGCAGUGCAUCAUAAAUGUUCUUCAUUGAGCUGCGUCACCCCGCAGCAGUUCGUAAUGGACUGGCCUGAGGUCUCGCUACAAACAAGUGGCUACUGGAGGAGAGUAGGUAAGUUGUGUUUAGUCUUUUUGCUAAAGAAAUCAGCCAAAGCUAAAAAGAUUUCCUGUGGAUAGUAUUAUGGCUUGGACCUUUUAUGUACUGUUGAUGAAGUGAGGUGCUGUUCUGAGCAUUAUUUGUGGCUAUAGAGUGGCAUUUUGGUUGAGGUUUGCUCAUGGCUCCUCAGACCGCUGUGUAUUGCUAAGCGGUUGUUACUAAAGUUGGUAUAACGAGAGAAGCAAGCAGUCAGCAACAUUAAUCUAUCAAGGGUGGGGUCUAACUCGGUGUUACGGGAUGUUUGACCCUAGAUUAAUUUUACGCCGGGAUAUCCCUUUAGAUACUGAUGUUAGCUCUUGUCCAACAAUGACUAACAAGUUAUCAAAUAUGAGGUUUACAUAAGAAAAUAGAUAAGUAUAGCUAUUGUUUGGCAAAUAACAACAGAAAUUAUGGCCCAGUGUCUCCUGUCUUAUUAAGUUAAUGACCAACUGGGAAACAACCCCUCAGACUUCCUUCAUUCAGAGCGUUCAAAAAGACUCGAGCACAUCUGUUUGAUGGUAUCCUCACGCAGCCUCUGUUUCCUUAAACAUGAUGUCAAAGUAUAUGCUAUAAAUUGUCUGUGUAUACGGUGAAACCAGCUGUAUCAUCGAGAAGUCAUAAUUUCCCACUUGUAAAAUCACUGUCUGCAACUGUGACUCCUCUUAUAGAGGGAGUGUCUUCACUGAACAAACUAAGAUUUAUUGUAUCUCACUAUAAUUACCCAGAGAUGAGUUAUGUCUAUCAAAACUGCACUGUGGUCUCUCAUUGUGUUAUGCUAAAUGAGGGAGUGCUAACUAAUGUUCCCUAUAGUGCAGGGACACGCUGUUUAUAGCACAUUGUCGAAUUGGGCGGUGGCUGUUGUUGUAUCAUUGGUUUAUGGAAGGGAUCAAUUUUCUCUUUUGACUUCUAAGGGCACUAAAAUCGAUGUUUUUGUUGCCCUCUGUUCAUUUAAAUCAGAGGGACUGGCUUUUGAUGGCUCACAGAUCCAUCUCUGGCUGAUACCAUUUUAAAUGCUUAUAAAGCACACCUCUGGAUACUGGAGCUUAUUUAUGAGUUUAUUUCAAAAUAUAAUCCGGGAAAGAAAUCAUGAUACAUAAACUCUUUAUAAAUUCCUAUACAGUUUCUGCAGUUUGUAUCCUGACGUGUGAAGCCUCACGGCAAUGAUAGCUUCUAAAAUUGAGGCGCUGAAUGUACAGCAGGAUUUCUCAGGCUGAUCAACCUUGACAUGCUGUACUACCUGACUUUCUGAUAUGAAGAAACAUUUGCGGUAAUGAUAUCCCUGAGUAAAUUAUUCAUGAAUCUUUUGUUACACGCUGCAAAGAGAAAAUAAUAGUAAUCGCUGGAGUCUUUUUUGUGUCAAACUUCUCCUCUCGUCAAACAUGAAAUAUUUUCGUUGACUCAUCUUGAAUUUGAAAGCUGAUGUAUUUAAUCAUCAAACCAAAUGUCAGUUCAUCAGGCUGCUCUUUUGCUAACUUGUACAGUUAAUAAUUAAUGCAUGUACUCAUUUUUUACUAUAAAUUGUCAUAGUGAAACAGUCCACAGGUGUUGCUUUUGAUUUGUAUUUGCGGCUCUUUGAUGGGAGAAAAGGAAACCGAAUCAUACAUGAAAGUCACUCUUUUUUUACAGUUCACGCUGUAAUUUCGUCACUUGUCCUUACCCCACUCCCUUUGUUCUUUUUCAGUCCAGUCUUCUUAUGGAAGAUGAAAAAUCCCCCUCUUUUGUAUCUCCUCUGAAUAGAAAAAAUAACCAGAAAAAGGAUAAAAAGACGACUUUAGCCCAGAAUUAGUUCUAUUUUCUACUUUUUGAGGCAUUAUUAAGGGCUGUGGACCUAAACACGUAUUGAGCUUAAAACAAAAGCAACCAAAAAACUGCAUCACUUCACUUUAACAGUUCGUUUGUCUCUUUAAAGUCCAACGCAAUACGAGUUGACAAUAGUUAAGAUACUUCUCAAGACCAUUUUCUGUUAAACAGUACGAUAUUUGUCACUUUUGUGCUAAAAAGCCAGAGCUUGUGAGAAAAAAAAAAAAAACAGACCUCCAGUCAUGUUAUCGACCUAAGGAGGAGGCUGAAGUUCGCAGAAGUGGGUGAUAGACGCAGAGAUAAAAUAAAGAGAGAGAGAUUUGGUAAAGUAAACAAGGCAGUCAAACUGAAAAUUAGAAGUCAUUUUCUUAUCCUUUAUCAUCCCCGACUCGCAGACCUUCAGCAGAGAGCUUCACAGUACUGCACACUGAUGGACGCUCAUGAAAUGAGAAUUAUUAUAGAAGAUACACACUCUCUGAAGAUAUAUAUACACACACACACACACCUCCCUUUGACUGAGAAUGAUGGUCAUAUAUUUCUUUCACUCUGUUUAUUUUGCCUUUUAUUACCAUCAACAGCAAGUCAGAAGAUGGUCUGUCUUAAACCAACCAGUAAAAAUGUCCAGGUUGGAUGUUUAGAGGUUGUCAUCCUUGUUGCAGUGGUUGCUGCCUCACUUCCUGGCAACAACCCUUUGCUACAUGUCUUCCCCCACAUUUCCUGUCUCUCUUCCAUCUGUCUUAUCAUGAAGGCAAAAAAACUCCCAAAAAUAUAAAUAUGUCUCCUGAAAAAUACCACCCAUAAAAAAAUAAAUUGCCUCUCUUGAUUGUGCAGUUUUGUGAGCUGAUUGCGAAGAAAGGAGGGAGAGACUGGCAGACUUUUUGUUGCACUAACUGGAUGUAGAGUUAUGUGUGUUUCCCUUUGAAUCAUGUUUUCAUAUUUAUUUUUAUCAUCUCAUACUUCUUUGUUUGAAACCAUCAGGGCUGGAGCUGAAACAUAUCCAAAACUUUCAUAAACACCAAAGUAAUGAAUCAAUCAAGGCGACAAAUUAGUUCAGAGGAAUAAACACGAGUUACAUAACCAAACAGAUACUCAUGGAUGUUGACCUCACUUUGGCCCCAGAGGCAGCCUUCACAGUUCAAUACAAAAAUGCCAAAACAAGGUCUGAUACCGCCCCAAAUUUGACAAUGGCAGUGAUUAGCCUGACCUAAAUCAAGUCAGAUGGAAAUCUGUCUGACAGGAGAGGGGCCAGAUGUGUCUUCUGGAGCAAAUUAAACAGAAGCUGAUGGAUUCAUUUGGUUUAUAGACAAAACAAACAGGCCAGAAAACAAAGAUUUGAUCCCUCUCUAUCCGGCUAUCCAGCUAUCGAGCUGUUAUUCUGUCCAGAAGCAGUUUUGCCAUCUAUCUAGCUUUCUAUCUACAUUUAGUUCUGCUUUUUCUGACCCUUUUCCCCCACGAGGCUCCAUUAAAGUUUCAUCUGAUACAAUCUAACCUAACUGUGAAGAAAUGGGACACUUUGAGGACCAACGGAUAGGAAGGGAGGGGGCGGGUGGUGAAUGUUAACACGAGCAGCUUGUAGAGGAGUAGAGGAGAGUAAUGCGGUUUGUUUUUUAAGGGCUUUCCAGAUGGCACGUCGACAGGAAGGUUCCGGGGAAACCGGCCCCUAAUGAAUGGGGGGGGGGAAUCACCUGAGGGGACAGGAGACAUCAAAGGAACCUUUCUCUGCUUUUUUCCCUCCCACAUGCUCACUUUAUCCUGACUUCCCUCUGCUUCCUCAUUUCCUCCUCACGCCAUGUAUCUAAUCUACCACUUUAUUACUUCCCUCAAGUAAUCUGCGGGCUUACUUUACAUUGUUUUUUUUUUCCUAUUCAUUUUUAAUUUAUCUUAAUUAAUCUCUUCCCUCCUCUCUUCCCUCCUCCACUUGUAUCCUUCCUUCCCUCCCCAGAGGACAUUCCUCAUUUUUACAGUGUGAUAGCUGGAGGGCGGGUUCAGACAGAGCUGUCUGAGAGGACCAACGCUCUGACAUUCACCGAGGCCAGCGUGCACAUAAACGCAUUAACAUCCUUGACCUGUAACAAACACACAGCCCACUGGAGGCUGUAGGAAGACAGGAUAGAGAGGCGCCGGGAGAGGGCGAGGAGCAGAGUUUAAACAUGAAUACUUGUGAAGGUUAUCAGGUGGUUUGUGAUAAUCACAGAGGACGCUUACAAAGAGAGAGCGGAUAUGUAUCGGAGGGUUGAGGGAGGAGGGGUGUUGUUUAAAGAUUAAUGCAACCAUGCGUCGCACUAUAAAUAUGGGAAUCUGAUUUGAAAGAGAAAAUACGAAACCAGCAGUUCUCAGAGUUAACUCAUUUACUACCAUUAGAUAGAGCUGUUCAAUCCACGGCUGAGUCAGUGCUUUUUUUUUUUUGACAACCUCAAUCCACUCCUAUAAGAACAAACUAAUAAUUCAUAAGUCAUUGUAAAUUUUUUAUAGAAUAAGAAAAUACAUAGAGGAUGAAAAGCAUAGAAAAGUAAGAAAGUAACAUCCUUCGAGACAAGCUACUCUUUGCUCCUCUGCAGCAGCCUGAUGUACGCUCGUUCGUUGUAAGAUUUUUCAGUUCACAACAACUGAACGAUUGAUACAUGAUUGAAUAGCCCAUAUUCCCUUGGAGGCCAUCUUUUUUGACAUCUCACUCUGGGUGGGAAGUUGAAAUAUCGAUUGCAUGUCUUAUCAUUGUGUCUCAGGUCAAAAGUCAUAUAAAUGUUGACAAUCGGGUCAAAUAUCGGCUUUUAAUGCUCCCUAAUUGGUAACAUAGACUGUAUAAUUGGGUGACCAUAUUCUGACUUCCCAAAAAGAGGACAUGACUACAGGGGGGCGGAGUCACGGAGUCGCACAAAGCUAAUUUUGUGCGACUCCGUGACUAGAGUUUUUUGGGUCGGAUCGAGUGUCUUUUACGUGCUUCUAACUAAAUAAGUCCAUGUGACACAAAAUCGAAACUUACGGGCAAAACCACGGACAUUUGAAGGAUUUUAUAAACUUCCCUACCCAACGCUGGACACAGCCCGGACAGCCCCUAAAAAAGAGGACAUGUCCGGGUAAAAGAGGACGUAUGGUCACCCUACUGUAUAAUAAAUGGACGUAGCAUCAGUGACGCCAUCCAUUUAUAUCUGAAGUAGAGUUACUAGGAAUACAGAACAAAAAAAGUGUUUCAAAAUAGUCCGCUUCCUGUUAAGGGGGUGUGGUGGGGGUCCUGACCCAUUCGGACCAAAACCUUUUUUUUUUAACCAGGCUGAAAACGCAUUUACUUCGGCUCUAAAAACAGGCUUUUUGACUAGUGUGUAUGUAGUUCCCGGUGCUUCUGCCAUCAGCCUCAAGUGGAAACUCAGGGUACUGCAGUUUUUAGUGCUUCUGCAUCAAUGUCAUUUCUCAAGACCGCAGAAAAACAUCAGCAAGAUUUUGAGAUAAAGACAACUCACCCGCUUAUGCUGGAGCACAGCUAGCAUGAACCAUAGACUGGAUUUGAAGCCAAAAAGCUCUCGGUAUUUCCGGGAUUUUUCUUCAUUUCCUAAACCAGCAUUGCGCAGUAGCGUUGUGCGCAUUCGGAGGGAGAGUCACCGAGAGUCGCUGUGAUGAGGCGAAUCCCUGAAUGCCAAUAGGCUGUAUCAGCUGUCAAUCAAAGAAAAUAUGAACCCCUAAUAAUUUUUAAAACGGAGCUCCACAGAAAAAAGAGGACUUGAGCACAAACCAGUCUUACUGUGACUACAUGUCAACAUCACAAGCAGGGGGGAGAAAAUUUUAUGUUUGUCCACAGCCCCAUAAGCUUUGCUGGCAGAGGUGGGAUUUAUGACCUUUACUGCAGCCCGUCAACAGAGGGUGCUGUUCUCAGAGUGGCUUCAUCCAGCAAGGAGGCAGACAGCGUCCAUUCUAUAUUCAGUCUACGGCGUAAACAUCUGAUCACCUUCUAUUUGGCCUUUAUGUUUGAAAGACAGGUGCAUGAUGGGAAAGGUGACACACUUCGAUUAACUGUGGAAUACAGAAGCUGUGGGCGCUGAUGAAAAACAAGUCCUUCAUUUUCCAGCAUCUUGGCCGAAGCAUCAACAUUACUACAAUGACUUUGUGCAUUUAAGUUGCAACACUACACCUUAUUACCAUAAAAGCAGAACCUUGAACCCCCGGGGACAUUUUUAAUUUCUCUCUCUUUUCAGUUCUUCAGAUUUAUGGAAGUGCAACAUUAAAUCAAUAGCCUAACCUUUUACUUUGAUUAGACUUACAAUGAUUGUGUAACUAUGGCAAAACUUAAUUGGAUGUUUACUUUGGACCGACUUCAACAGUCUGCUAAUGGAUUUUCAAACUGUGCAGAAGACAACAAUUACUAAAAAUAGAGUCGGAAUAAUGUCAAAUGUCUUCAGCUGAAUAUAUGUAAGAGUCAUCUAAAAUGUGAAUGGAGGUAAUUUGCAGUUAAGAAGCUAAAAAAACAGAAACACAAUAAUCAUUUCAAGCAGAGAAAGAGUCUGCAGAGUCUGGUCCUGUUUUUGUCUCCUGCCUUUCUCUCCCUGACUCUCCCUCUUGUGUCCCUCUUAAUUAAUGAAUCUGCAAAGUGAAUCUGCCUUUGAGAGGAGCACAUGCUGCAUGAUCUCAGUGCAUACAUUAGGCUAUAAGUGUGGUCUGCUUGGGUUUGAAGAUAUUAUAACAGCAGAGCACACAGAGAAUCUGCUCUUUAAUUCUGACAGCAGGACUGAAAUGCCACAUUAGUGGAGACGUUAGGGUCGCGAGGUUGCUUCUCAAGUGCCUCAGACAUUUAAAAGUUGACCUGUGUAGGCUGUAGGACAGAGGGAAGCACACACACAGAUAACCUGCCACUUGUGUGUGAUGUCUGCUGCAUCAGUGUGAGCAGAAGACUGAGGGAUAAUUCAUCCUCUCUUCGCUCUGGCUCUCUUUUUUCCUUCCCGGACUUCUUUUCACAGCUUUUUUAACAGGUGUUGAAAGGGUUACAUUAAUAUUUUCGCCGCGAGUGAAGAAGGCAUACACAUAGACACUCUUUUAAGGGCACACAUACACCAACAACACAGCCUAGCCUGUGGGCAGGAAGCAGCAGCAGGAGGGGAGGAAGUGAUUUCGAAGGCUGAACCAGAUGCUGCAGAGCUCUGCUUUGGAAACAUAUCUGGUCACCGAAUACUAAAUCAUUCUCUUUCUUCUCUUUCUUUUUCUCCUCUUUGUGGCAACCUGAUAAUUCAUUUCUCCACUCUCUCUCUCUCUCUGACCCUCUACCACUCUCGUCCCUGUGUCUCAGUCUCUAUUUCUAGCAGAGAGAAUGAAAUAUGUGAUAAGGAGGGAAAGCACAUUUAUCAGUUAUGUCAUCUCAGGAAGUGGAAGAAAUGUGUCCUCCGCCUUGUUUCUCUGUUGGUAAACAAGGCUGACAGUGUUUAUGUUGCAUGUAGAUUUAUUAGCUGUGUUGUGUGAAGAAGAUGUAGGCAGAUGCUGCUCUGUUAGGUCUUUGGCUGAGGCGGUAGCAGAGCUGAGAGCAGGAAACUGAGAUCAGGUGCCAGUCCUGAUCGGAGUGAUGUGAGGGAAGUCUUCGCUCUAAAACAUUAAAAGAUCAGAAACUUUUUGAUUUGCUAUCAGAGUCGGACAGAGUUGUUUUUUGAGAUAAUUUGAUGUGAAUUAACAAACACAGUGAACGUCCUCGGAAUAAAUGUUGAUGAUGGCGUCUAAAUUUGAAGCACAGUGUUGUGCCGAGGUGCCAAACAGAAAUUCACACUUUUGAAUGACGUUAUUUCCUCUUGUGCUGACAUCAGUUUAAAUAAUAACUUCUGUCUUUCAAGGUUUUUUUGUAACAACUAAACUUCCGCUCUAAUGCUCAGAACAGCACCUAACUUCAUCAACAGUACAUAUAGGGUCCCAGCCAUAGUACUAGUCACCAAACAUCUUUUUAGCUUGGCCUGAUUUCUUUAGCAAAGAGACUCACCCUUUCUCUUCCAGCAGCCAAUUGUUUGUAGCGAGACCUCGGGCCAGUACAUUACGGGCUACAGCGGGGUGACGCAGCUCAAGGAACAACAUUUAUGAUCAUUUCUUCAUGGAAAUGCAAUCAGACCGAGACGCUAAGGCAGAAGAACCAGGGCAUCUGCAGUGCAAAAUGAUUAAUAUGGUGAUUAUUACUUCAAGGAAAUGAAAAAGUAAUGAUCAUAAAUGUUCUUCCUUGAGCUGUGUCACCCCACUGUAGUUCACAAUGGACUGGUCCUUGGUCUCGCUACAAACAAGCGGCUGCUGGAAGAGAGUGGGUGAGCUGUGUUUACUGUCUUUGCUAAAGAAAUUAUGCAAAGUUAAAGAUAUUUGGUGGCUAGUACUAUGGCUGGGACCCUAUAUGUACUGUUGAUGAAGUUAGGUGCUGUUCUGAGCAUUAUUUGUGGCUAUAGAGUGGCGUUUUGGUUGAGGUUUGUUUAUGGCUCCUCAGACCGCCGUGUAGUGCUAUCUGCGGUUGUUACUAAAGUUGGUAUAACUAGAGAAGCAAGCGGUUGACAACAUUCAUCUCUCGAGGGGGUGUCUUACUUGUGUUACAGUGUGUUUGACCAUGACUUAAUUUUACGCCGGAAUAUCCCUUUAAUACCAAACCUAAUCAGCCAAUCAGCAUGCCCUGUGCAACAGAUGCAAGGGGGAAACAAUCAGAAACUUUGGACCGAAACAGACUUAAUGGUCGAAAGCCAUCUGCCACAAACUUUGCUUAAGAGCACAGACAUAAAUUUUAACCGUAAAUGAUUUUAAUCAACCGUUGGUUUUGAAAAGAGAGAAAAAUGCUGAAAUAGAGCUAACAUGCCCACAUUGGGUCAAGACAGGACUGUAAUGUUACUACCAUCAAUGUUAAGAAUGGUGAGUCAAAACCUUUUUUGGUUCUUGGCUAAAAGUGGUUGCAGAGGCCCAACAGAGGCAAAGGGCAUCAUUUUGAAUGUCAGCGCCGUCAGGAUGGAACAACGCUCAGUGUGUGUGUUUCUGAGUCUUGCCCUAUUUGUUUGCAUAAACUGCAUGUCCUGCUUUCACAAUGGGACAUCAAUUGUAUGCCCUUGCAGAGUUUAAUGUAAAAGUGCAAAGGGAUAAAGCAAAGUUUCAUUACAGAAGGGCCAACAUCAAUACUUAGAUGGUGUUUUCUAUGUUCUUCAUCAUAUUUGUGGCUCAGUUAGCAACUUUUGCUAUGUGAUGAUAUGAGGCAGAGUGGAAUAACUCAGAAUAAUCUCGCAGGUAUUUGGUAAUAACUCAAAGCACUAGUAUCAAUACGGUUCAAGAUGUAACUGAUGACAGAAAAGAGGUCAAAGGGAUCAAAAUUGUUUUGCAGUUCAGUCUUUGGAGGAAAUUCAUCUGUGUAUAAAAUUCCUAAGUAAUCCACCCUGAAAUUGUUGAGACAUCUCAUUCAAAACCACAAAUGUGAACCUCAUGAUGGAAGAAAAAACAAACUUUGAGAUUGGGAGUCAAAUUCACAAGGAAACACUGGGCAGAAAACAUGAAUGUCCAUGUCAAAGUUGUCCCAGUAAAAGUUAAUCGAAUUACCUGGAUCAGUAAAAGCUUUGUUAAGCUGGUGGCACUACUGAAAAAGUUGUGUGUGGGGGAAGUGGACAAGAAAAAGGGGUUAAAAAUGUCAUGCAAUAUUCAUGAAGAUGUGUAAUAUAAGAAAUAUUUUUGCACCUAAAACAUAAAGAACGAAACAACAUUUUGGGAAACUAUGCAACCUUAUCUAAAAUAAUAUUUUGUUUGGUCUUGGAAAAAUAAUAAUUGCGUUUAAAAGCAUGCCCUUUCAAUACAAACAAAGAUAAAUAUUAUGUUUACAAGCCUGAUAACACAGAGCAGGAGGUGUGGACGCCUGUUGAGACACCACCAAUGAAAGCAAACCUGAUUAUUUAGCUGCCAGUGUUCCUGUGUUGCAGCCAUGCCUAUCCCCAUGGGGAGUCAAAUAACCAGCCCUGAAUCAGCUCAUUCAUCCCCAGUGAGACCCAGCGGUUUGACUGUGAGUCUCUGCUUGCAAAACUCCGCCGCCACAGCUCCUCUUUCAGUGAUAUGUCUCCUUGUUUGUAACCGAACAGCAGGGGAUCGCUGCUUUUCCACUGAAGAUCCUCUACUGUGUUUGUUGUGUAUCUGACUACUGUUUCACAAAGAAACCAGCAAGGUUGCAGAAGGAGAAAUGCAGUGUUGCCAAAUAUAGACAUGCAUGGUUCUUCUAUUUAUAUUUAUAUAUAUAACUCUAUCUUUUAAAUGUAUUAUAUCCACACCGGCAAAAUCCUAUAUUCAGUGGCACAAUCGAACAUUUGACUACAGGUUCGAAGGAGUGGUUGUGAAUUAAUAUCCUUAUUAGCCUCCUCAUCAAAAGUUACACUGGAAGCUCUCUGAGUACAACUAGCUCACUCUGAUCCUUCGUUUUUUAUCAAUGAGUUCUGCCUGAACUUGAUAUUUGCCUCAUGUUUGUGUCAACCAAGUCUCUGCUUUUUAAUUUGUCUUGUUUUUUUAUGCAAAGUAGUUCUUUGUUCCCUGACAAAAACUACAAAUUGACUUCCCCGAUGUCAAAACAAGCUUCAUGUUUUUUAUUGUGAGAAUGCUUGUGGUUCCUCUUUCUGGCACUGAUGUAGCUCAUUAGAGGAAGUCUUGGAACCAGGAAAGCCAAAGUCAUCUGGGAGAAGUGAUGUAAUUAUGUAAAGGUUCCCAGCUUGUGAUCACAUGGAUACAAGAAUAAUGAGGUCUGCUUGUGAACCGAGCAGAGAAAGUGAUUAAAUUGCCACCACACCAUUAAUGUCUAGCCGUAUUUUUCUGAGGAUUUAUGGACUCAUAUAAUGACAUCAUGAGGGUUUUCCUGUAAUUGAAAAGAUGAUGCUCCAUCAAAGCGGCCAUAUUUCGCUCAGCAGAACUCAAUCACCCACUCCUCUCCCCCGUGCAGCCUCUCCUCAAACAUUUUCCGAGUCGCAGUGGAGGUCCUACUGGAGAGACGCCCCGGCUCUCCUGAUUCGGCCGUCUGUUGGAGCACAGCUCAGUAUUCACUCCUGCCGUAUACUAAUCCUUUCAUUAGACUCGGUUGCAGGCAGCGCUGUCAAAGAGCUAACUGUGUGAGGAGUCAAGAGAGACUGAGGCUGAUAGGUUCACAGAUAUGUACUGUAACUCACACACUGAAACACUUAUGUACAUACUCAAGAAAGAGUCAAAUUUACACUCCAGUAUACACCUGGGAUACCUUCCCCUCCUCUUGGUGUUAAGGUAGCAUUUAGUGUAUACCCUUAAAAAUUGCAUUUAACCAUUUUUACUACAGUUGAUGGUCAGAGUUGAAUUUUGAGUCCUCAAAAAUAGUCAAUUUCUUUAUUUUUCAUGAAAGUUGAUGGACAAAUGUGAAAUAUGUUUUUUAGGCAGAGUUGGAUGAUAUUUCACUUUUCAUGCAAAAACAAAACAAAGAGUGAGAGCCAAGAGACUUAAGCACAAGACUAAAGACAUGGUAUGGGGCAAGCAUGACUGUGUCCAAAGUGAAAUCAAUCUAGAACGUUUUGGCUUUAACUAGGGAUGUCCUGAUCAGAUAUUGAUUUCGGAUAACACCUGCAUCUAAAAUCUCUAGUAUCAGCACUCUGAUACAAGCAGUCCAGUUAGACUCUGCUCCAGCAACUCUGGCUAGCAGCACCUGUAAUCAGCAUGCAGAGCCCAUGUAAUCUCAACAAUAGUGUGUACUAAGGUACUACUUGGAGUGAGUCGGCCAUGUGGCAGACACCUGUAGCUCUAACUUUGUUUUUUAAAAAGGAUGUUUAAAGGGAUAUUCUGGCGUACAACUAAGUUAGGGUCAAACACACCAUAACACCGAGUUAGACACCCCGUCGAGAGAUGAAUGUUUCUGGUCAUAUGCUUCUCUAGUUAUACCAACUUUAGUAAUGACCACACAAUGGCAAUACACAGCAGUCUCAAGAGCUACACUACUGCGGGGUGACGCAGCUCAAGGAAGAACAUUUAUGAUCAUUACUUUAUCAUUUCCUCGAAGUAAUAAUCACCAUAUUAAUCAUUUUGCACUGCAGAUGCGGUAGUUCUUCUGCCUUAGCGUCUCAGUCUGAUUGCAUUUCGGUGAAGAUUGUUUGGUGGCUAGUGCUAUGACUGGGACCCUUUAUGUACUGUUGAUGAAGUUAGGUGCUGUUCUGAGCAUUAUUUGUGGCUAUAGAGUGGUGUUUUGGUUGAGGUUUAUUUAUGGCUCCUCAGACCGCUGUGUAUUGCUAUCUUGCGGUUGUUACUAAAGUUGGUAUAACUAGAGAAGCAAGUGGUCGGCAACAUUCAUCCUUCAAGGGGGUGUCUAACUCAGUGUUACGGUGUGUUUGACCAUAACUUAAUUUUACGCCGGAAUAUCCCUUUAAACAUUCUUUUUAAAAAACUUGAAAGGUAGAGCUAGAGGUGUCUGCCACAUGGCCUACUCACUCCAAGUAGUACCUUAGUACACACUAUUGUUGUGAUUACCCUUAAUUGUAAAAAAAAAAAAAAAAGCAUUAGACGUGUUUUGAUGUAUCUUAUUAAAACAUACGAACCUUAAGCCAUCAGUAGGUGAAUAAAAUCUCAAACAAUCAUUCAGUUUCUGUCUGAGAUGAUACAAGUUUAAAUAACAAUCACCUGACUGUUAACCAGGAGGCUGCUAAGGUCAUAGCGAGCAUGUGCAUGGCAACAGCUCCCAUAAAACUGUCCACUGGUCACAAGACACACCUACUACUAGCAAAUAUUCUCUAUUGUUAUUUCAGUUAUUGUGCAAGUCAUUUCACUGCAGUUUUGUCAAUACUGUAAAGUUACAAAAUAACCCAGAAGAGGCCAGCUGUCUCUUCUUUCUAUUUUUUUCUAAGCUAACAAUCUUUGGGUUCGAGCUUUACAUUUGAAGGAUGGUGGCUUUUCCUCCCAUCUGUGUUGACACUCUUUGAUCCAGAUGGCUAAAUAAGAAUGAUUAUUCUGUGACUGGAAACACUGUCAUUUGAACAUUUUAUCUAAUAUAUUCUUUGCUGUAUUCUUCCUCUGCUGGAGAGUAUUUAAAAAGUUUAUCACUGACGGGAGGAGAAAUCACUUGAGACAGUCUGCAGUUCAUCACGGUUCAUUGACACAUACAAUCACACUUAUUGAUUAUUUAACUGCAUCUCAUUUGCAUGUCUUUGACUGUAAGAAGAAACUAGAGCACACAGUUUUGGACCCUAGGCUUAAAAUAACGAUUACAGAAACUUAAUUUGGAAACGCUGCAUUUGAUUAAGUCAGUCAAACACUACAUAAAAAUAAAGUGCUUCCUAAUGACUGUAAUGGUUUUAAAUAGGCAAAAGUGUCACUCUGGGUCUCAGAAUAGGGAUAAUGUAUCUCAGGAGACGUCAUGGUUUAAAUAAAACUUACAUAAAUAAAAAAUAGAGUCGUCCCUCUGCAGGAUACAUGAAAGUAUUCCAAGUUUCCUCAGUAUCAAUCUUACACACAAGCCAUAAAACAAAAAACACAUGCGGUUUGCACACUUUGAAGCACACACCCUCGCACAUUGCCUCAUAUUCUAACACAUCAGUGACAACAUUGUUUUCCAGGAGCUGCAGUCCUGAAGGAAUGCUUAGUUUGGCACGGGCGCCGUAACCCUUGGCCGUGCUAAACUGACAUGUCAGGUUGGCCUGGCAAGUUUCAGAUUUUUAAAUAACACAAGUCAUGUUGUUGUGAUGCAGUUUUUGGGUGUGGAUAGCCAAAAUGAUAGUCUCUCUUCUUUCCUCUCUGUUUUCAAUUUUCAGGGAAUCAACAUGAGGAAGCCUCCGCUGACCAGCCAGGAUUUGCUUUCUCAUGAAACGCCACAUUUUUGCCCCAUGCAUCAUCCUGUUUCAUCCGGGCUGAAUAUUGGAUCACCGUGAGACGUUUCCCUGAGACACUUUCUCUAUGCUUGGUGACAGUCUGGCAGACAGGAAGAAGGCAUUACAGACAGAGUGAGAGCCCAUGUGAACAGAUGAGUCACAUUUGAGUGAUGUAACAAUGUUUGGGACACAGUCUUCCAACAGACGAUGGAGCUAAUUGGAACAACAGAGAGGGAGAAAAUGUUUUUUUUUCAGGCUUUUGAACAUCGUACAUUCAAUUUGCAAAUGACAAAACAUGUUACAAUCUGAGGCGGCAGGGAGGCAAUGACCUAAUUCAGAUUAAAUGACCUCAUACUGAUAAGUAGCCGGCUUCCUCACUGGGUGAUGGAACAUAAUCACAAAUGGGCUCUUAUCAUUGAGGCUGGAGUGUGUGAGGUUACAUGAUAUUUGUGAGUGUGUGUGUGUGUGUGAAUGGUUGUUUAAAUCCCAGCGGUGAAAUUUAAUGCUACAUUCAGCGAUGUUGCGACGUGGACUUCUAGCCUGGGUGUCUCGUAUCGGAGGCGUGCUGGUGCUCCUCUGCUGCUCCCUGUCGCUUCUUUAUGUCAUGACCUGCAGUCCCCCGCAGUCUGACGACCCCCCGCUGAGUCACGCCCUACCCCGUGCUGGACCCAACUACCCCAGUUUGGGAGGCACAGGGCCCGGGAUUGGAGCAGGAGCAGCUGGAACAGGAGGGGUCCGAGCUGGAGCCCCCCAAAGCGGAGGUCCCCCUGGUGCUCAGUCUUAUCAAGUGCUCCUCCAAGAGCGUGAGGAGCAGCACCGCCUCCAUAUCUCCUCACUGAAGAAGCAGAUUGCUCAGCUGAAAGAGGCUUUGCAGGAGCGGAGCCAACAGCUGAAAGGAGUGCAGGAGAGCCUGAAGAGAGUUGCAGGAGGCCCCGCAGAAGGACUAGAAGCUGGGGCUGCAUCACAAGGUGGUGGUCUCGGGGAGGCUCAGGGAGCUAAGAGCCAGCAGACAGACCUCCAGGAGUUCCUGAGGAGCCAGCUCUCCAAGGCGGAGGUGACAGCUGGCACCAGGUUGCCCAGCGAGUAUGCAGUGGUGCCCUUUGAGAGUUUCACCCUACAGAGGGUGUACCAGCUGGAGAUGGGGCUGACGAGGCACCCUGAGGAGAAGCCCGUGAGGAAAGACAAAAGGGACGAACUGGGAGAGGUGCUGGAGACGGCGCUGCACAGUCUCAACACGCCAUCAUCGCAGCAAGACGGCAAGAGUGUGGCAGGCAAGACUCAAGCGAGCAAAGUGUACUCGCCAUCUGACUUUAUAGAAGGUGAGUCAAACCCUGGAUGUUACAUUUAAACACAAACGUUCUGCUGUAUUUUAUCAUGAUGUAGGAGAUGAUACUUUAUACUGCAGCACUGGUAUGAUUACUACACUGAAAAACAAACAUAUCAAGUUUUGGGACUCAGUUUGGAAACCCAGAAGUGUGUAAAUGGAUAAAGAAUUGGAAUAUUAAUCCAACAUGGAAAAUUGAUAUUCAAUAUUCUCUAGUCAGCGAAUUUCAGUGUUUUCCAUGUAUGUUCCUCAUCAAACCAUCUUCAUCAAACCAUCUGAGCCAUCCCCUGUGGAGACUGCAUGGCCAUUGUUGCUUGGUCCACGUUGGGCAAUCCAUUGGGGCCCAGGUGCAACCAGUCUGGACCACACUGGGGGGUACUGGAAGGGAACAUGAUCCAGUUUGACAAUCAGAAAAGUAACUUGGAGCGCUAGUAGUAGUAGAGCUGCAGCAGUUAUUUAGUUUCUUAUAACAGACUGAGAUAAGAUUGAUCACCAAAUGAUCUGAUUUUAGCACAUAUAUGCAACAUUUACUCAUUACAGCCUCAAAAAUGUGCGUUUUUCUGUCUUACCGAACAACACAACAAGCAACUCAGGCGUCUAUUUUUUUUUAAACAUCUUGGAAACAAGAUUCAUUUCUGGACUCCUCAGGGAAAUGUGACUUUUAUUAAGAGUAAUGGGAUAAUUUGACAAGGAAUUAGACAAAUUUGAUUGCUAAGAUUCAAGGUUUUCGCAGCUCUAAUUGCAACAUCACUCUUUGCGUCUGUCUUUUAGUUAAUCACAUAGCAUUCAUCUCUGAGAUGUAAUUGAGAAAACAAACUACCACUCCGUAAACCUAAUUUCCCGGGGACAUUGUGGCAAAACGAGAACUGAUUUUCAACACCCAAACACCUCCACUCUCUCCUUCAACCUCUGGCUUAUUUGAUUUCUCUUUGUAGAUCGAUCCCAGAAAGGUCAAAAGCACGUGAGUGUGUAACAGCCAGGAUUUCCUCUCAGUUUGUCCUGCUCAGCCUUGAUCACAACCCCAGGAAAUGAACGCAGCUGCUCCUCGUUCACGGAGCAGCAUCUUUUCCAGCGCUGAGUUCUUGUGUGUGAAUAUCACAGCGGUGGGUGAUCCACUCUCUGAAGGUCACCCCCUUCAGCGUGUGAGUGGGUGGAGGGUUUAAAGUGAGUAAUAGGGGCACCUGGCUCAGAGGGAAAUGAGCCAUAGGUCACAGAAUGGAGCCUCUUACAUGUGUAUGAGUGUUUGUGUGUGGCCCUGCGUAAUGUAUAUGUGUGUUUAUGUGGCUGUCUUUGUAAUGGAUGUGUAUCUACACAGCUUCUGGAAACCCGGGGGGGAAAAAAGCAGGAAAGUGCAGCUUUCUUUUAGCGACAAAACGUCUCCCUUCUGCUCAUAUUUGGCUCUAAAUGCUCUUUAAUGGAUAUUGAUUUGAAGAAAAUCUUAAACAAGCAUAGAGUUAUCCAACCAGCCAAACAAGUGAAAGGCCGGUGAGAUUGCCAGGACUGACAAAAGCAUCUUCAGGGAGCUUUCAGGCCCGUAUUAGCAGGCUAGUGAGCUGAAACUGCACACAAACAGAGGAGGUAUGCAAGAUGAACUCUCCUAACACUUAAUUUUGUCCUCAGAAAGGGACAGAGGAAAGCAGUUAGACAGAGCGACAGCCAGGAAGUGAGGGCAUUUAGGCUAAAUUGUUCAGCGUUUUUUGCUAAGUGAAAGCUUAUCUCGUCGAGGAAAUGAAGCCCACCGUCACGGAAAGUGGGGACUCUUAACUGGAAGGCCUUUAUCCCUCACGGCUAUCAGACUAUCAAUCUUUGCCCACAGACUUCUUCCUCUUCUCUUGUCUGACUUGCUUUCUCCUUCCCCUUUAUCAUCAGACUGUCUGCUCUUUCUUCAUCACCCUCUCUCUUUCUUUGAAGGCCAUGUCGUUUUCCUGUGGAGUCUCCCUCUUCCUCCUGGUCUAUUUUUCUCUAAUUUCACUUCUUAUUUUCUCUUUCUCUCCUUUCUCUCUCUCUUUCUCUUUGCCCCUGCAGACCUCAGCUGGUCCAUUUGCAAGUAAUAAUCCUUGUAAUUGAAAAAUAACCUUUCUCUCUUGAGGAGCAAAAAAGCCGGUCUGGAUGACUAGAGUGGCGUCUCUGUCCGUCUGUUGUGUAUGUGAGGGUUUUUCAUAUGUACGUACUGUAUGUUCUGUUGAGGCUAGCAGCCCAGCGUCUUUUAGUACAUGAACAAUGUCUCAACAGCAUCGAGAACCAUUUUUCUCCUCUCACAAAUGCGCAGUUUUGGUCUGUCUGAAAGGAGGACUGAGGAAUAAUGAUGAAGUGGAAGCUGAAGUAUGUUCCCCUUGAAAAAAUGUUUAUUUUGCAGAUCAUUUUCGAAGAUAGACGUUGAAAAAAAACUCACAGGGAAAAGCAUGAUCUUUGGCUCGAGCAAACACCGAAAUCUCAAGGGAUGUAAACAAAAGCUGCACCCCGGAGAAAACGAGAAAAGAGGGGGAAAAACUGCUACAGCUCAGAGAUAAAUGGAGAAACUACAGGCGAAAUAACUAAAACUGACUUUGUAAGUCACUGUUUUUUCGCUCCGGCUUAUACCAUAUUUAUUGGAACAGAAUUACACUUUAAUUUGGUUCACUAAAGUAUUAAUGUAUGAUACAAACUUUCUCAAAGUUAGAGUUGAGGAGAUGUUUCUUUGCAGCGACAACAAGACGCCUUCUUGCUGUGUUCAAUUAAAUAUCACUGCCACUUUGCAUCAGUUUGUUCACUUUAAAGAGGCAUCGAGGGACCCAACGUUACACCAAGAUAGACGUUUCUAUACUUUUAAUUGGUUAGGAGGUUUGUGGAUACAUAUGUUGAGAUUUUUUCAGAGAACUUUAUACUUUUAGGAAUUCACCCCAACCUUUGGAUGAACUUACAAUACUUUGAGGGAGCCUUUUUCCAGGCUGCUAGUUUGGCUCAGUUGGUGAGGGAGAGACCCCAUGUCCAGAAGCUGCAGUCCUCAUCUCAUCCCCGGUCCUUGUUUGAUUUGUUUUUGACUCCACUGCUCAUUUAUUCAUAACAGCUACGCUAGAGUGAUUUAUUUUUAAAAAGUAUCUAUUUUGACUCUGUUAGAGUUUUUAAUUUAUACAUAAAUUUGCUUGAGUUUUUUCAUUUGAGGGCUUUAAGCCUUGACUGAUGGAACAGUUUGAGAGUGAUGAGGAAUGUGGGGAGGGAGUGAGAGAGAGCACCAAAUCCUGUCGGCGGUACGGUGAGUGCUCUAACCUCCAUACCGUUGGCGUCCGCUGUACCAAAUGUACCAAACUUACACCGCAAAGCACAGCUGAGUGGACUGACAAUUACACAUGCUGUAAGUGUUUGCCAGUAGGCUUUGGGCCAUGGGUGUGUCCAGAGGGACAAGUGGGGGUGGCAGAGGCCCCGUUGCAAUCACUGGCCACCCUCAAGUUCUUAACCGUGAUUGGGUAGAUGUGUAGCUGCAGGCCACAAAAAAAAACAAAGGACCAAACAAACUUAAAAACAUUGAGAUAUUGGCUUUAUCACAUUAUCAGUAUUGGCAACCCCUUCAAAUUAUAGAAAAAACACAUUUUCACUGAUUAUAUUUGCUAUCAAACAAUAAGAGGAAACUUGUGCUCGCUGAUGCAGCUUGAAUUGAAAUGUAGUCAAUAAAUGUGUUUUUGAAUGUGAGUUUUCUAGCGUUUUUUUACGACUUUAAACUAUAAUUUUUUGGAAAACUAGUCCUAUUUUAGUGAAUAAAAUGUUGUGUUUAUGAGAUUUAUCUGUUGUUACUUUGCCGUUUCCUUUGACGUAUGAGUGAGUUAUUAAUGGUAAUCUUCCUUUGAAUAGGCAUAUUAAUUUGUUAAAGCUUUUGUGUAUAAUUAGGCGACUGAAAAUGACCAAAAAUAUCUGAUGACUAAUAAUAAUGCAUCAGAUUUCAUAUAGCGCUUUAUCAGAGACCCUCAAAGCGCUUUACAUUGGAUACAUCAUUCAUUCGCUCACACAGUCACACUUUGGUGGUGGUGGAAACGUGGUUUCCAUUCUGUGCCUACGGCCUCUCCGACCACCACCACACAACACUCACAAUCAUACACCAGUGGAGGACACACACUGGGAGCAAGGUGGGUUAAGUGUCUUGCCCAAGGACACAACGGACAGACGUGGAUUAGGGGGGAAUCGAACCGCCAACCUUCCGGUCAUUGGACGACCGCUCUACCUCCUGAGCUACUGCCGCCCCGACUGACUGUCCCUAUGUCGACUGUACUCUAAUGAAAAUGUCUUCUGAUGGUUUUCCCAUGAGUCUUUGUGCCCAUGUCUUAUGGUUAAAAAACAGCCUCCUUUACAGGACAGAGAGGCCGAAGCACAAGUUGAUCUAAAAUGCUUGUUUUUGACUUUGUGUCCUCUGUGUCCCACCGGUCAGGUAUCACCCGCACAGAGAGAGACAAAGGGACGCUGUAUGAGCUGACAUUCAGAGGAGAGUCUAGUCAUGAAUUCAGACGCCUCGUCCUCUUCCGUCCCUUUGGACCUCUCAUGAAGGUGAGAAACGAGAGGGUGGACACCGCCAACAUCCCGAUCAAUAUCAUCGUCCCUCUCUCCAGACGCACGGACAAGUUCAAACAGUUCAUGAACAACUUCAGGUGAGACUCAAACAUCAAACCUUUCCUCAGACGUCUCCAAUCUUUAUCCUCCUUUAAGCUCCUGAUCAGAAAGUCAGAAAAACUGCGACAUAAACAGAAGACUCUGAAUUAUUCAGGAUGGCUCUUUGUGUCACACGUAACUAAUUCAGGCAAAUGUGAUACUCUGUUAUUCAAAACCGAGUUUCGACUCCACUUUUACAUUUUAAUUGGUGAACCCGCUGCGGAGAGAAGGAGAAGGGGAGAUUAGAGGAAGGGAAAUUAUCAUCAGAGGGGCUAUUUUUGUGGAAACAUGCAAUUAAAAUUUUGAAACUGCAUGCGUAGUGUUAUCAGUUAAUUUAUUUUGGUGCUGGUCGGCAUAAUUAGAACGUAAACAAAUCAGAGCAAGGUUUAAAUGAUUCAAGCAAGAGCACGGAUUAAAACAGAUCUCUGGCACUAGCUCACUUUCACCGACGCAGCAAACGAAAAGGCAAUUUAACAUUUUUUUCUGUGUAGAAUUAUAUAUAAAUCACAAUUAUGUGCAGGCUGUGAUAAAAACCAUUAAAUGAGACAAACUAUUAAGGACUGAUUGACAGGACAAAACCCGUCAGCUCGCAGUGAAAUGUGCUUUUUGCAGCUCUGCUGUCUGUCACCAUCAGUUCAGGAAACAUCCUCCUUAGUGUCUGAUUUAUUGUGCUGCUGCUGCUGCUUAUCACAGCUUUUUUUACAUGAUAAAUCCUGCUUAGUAGCAGUGUUGCAGCCCAUUAAAAAGCCCCCCUGGGCAGACUACCAGCAGCUGAUAUACAACGUGGCACAAAGUGUACUUACUUGAAAGAGUCGGCGAGUCGCUGAGCAAACAUUUUACCCUCAUCCAUAUUAAAGGUAUGCCAGGAGAAAUUGCGUAUGUGAGCGUGUUUAGGGGGUGAUAACAGUGAGGAACUGCCUGUUUAUCACGUAUUCUUUAUUCACUUUCAGACUGGGAAAUAACAGCACUUAUGAUGUACUGUGAUAUGUCUCCCCGGUGUCGAAUAAGGAGAUAAAAUGUGCAUUCACACAAGCAGGCAGGAAACAUUUGUAGCCAGGCACCCCGGAUUUUUUACAGGGAAGUAUUACCCUUUUAUGAAGACAUGAUUAUUAUGUCUUUUUAGAAAUCUAUUUUGUGGUUGCAGAGACUAAACGCCUCAUCGCAGCCGAGAAAAAAACAAUUUACUUAAAGAGCACUUAACCACAUAACAACUAGGGAAGCGUUAUAAAGCUUUCGCUGUAUUUACACUUUAACCAAUAAUCACCUGCUCCUGAUGGCUGAUACAGAUAAGAUGAGUGUUUAUUUCUUCGUUUGAGUGCGCAUUUAGAUUCAGUGAUUUUGUCAAUGACUGCUAUAACGUUGGUUUUCUCUAAUGAACCUGUGUGGUUUUCAAAGGCCUGCUGAGACUAGGGCGCUCUUUGACACUGACUGAGUGACUCUAAAGAUUUUUGUGUUCAGACUUCAUCCUCUUGGGAAACUUGCAAGACAUGUUGUGCAAAUUGCAAUGGUGAAAUCUUCCUUUGACACAGUGAAAAAACAUCAACACUGGUGACGGCAUCUUUACUCUGUCAUUUGCUUGUUCUCUAUGAUUGUAAUCCUCAGUAUUUAAUAGCAUCCCUAUUUGCAAGGAUAAGAAAGUUUCUAUCAUCCAGUCAGCUCAUUUCCAAAGCACAUAUAAAGCUUUUUUUUUUUUUUUUUUAAGUAUCCUAUGUUCAUGUUGUUGUUUUCAAUGAGACGGUUUUCCAUCUUAUGCUUGUGGCGAAAAUUCAGACACAUCCGGCAUAUGUGCGUGUCAAGGGACAGAAGGUGAAUUAUCGUCAGCAUGUGUGUGAUACAUUUGACAUGUCUCCAUCACAGAGCCUGCAGGCAUCUCCCACCUGGUCCCACCCUUUUUUUCCCUCUCUCUGAGCUGUAAACACAGAGAUGGACUGCAAACAACAUGGAUUAUACCUGAAACGAGGAUUAUGUCAUUUUUAAGUCUAAUGUUGGGAUUUUUUUGUUUAAUUUUUUUAAUCUUUUUUUCCCUUAAAGCUCCUGUGAGGAGUUUUUAGCUGGUAAUGCCUUUUUUUGCAGCUUUUAAAAGCAAAGAGUGAUAAUUUCUAAUGACUGUAAUCACUGUGAUGAUAACACAAGUAGAACAAGAUUAGCAAAGUAAAAAGAGGUGUUACUUUGUCCACAGGGGGCGCCAAAACAGACACAGACAGGAAGUUUCUCAGAGGAGCUUUAAUUUAAGGAAAUGAAGGGAAAAAGAGCAUUACAAUCUAUCAAAUCUAAAGGUUUCACCUACUUUACAGCUAUAAAUUUAUUACUUUAAUAUCAUUUUAUAGUUUUUUUAUUGGAUAUUUUGUUUUGAUUUAAUGUAUCUCUCUGAAAUGUUGUUGUUUUUCUCGUUACAACACUCAGGAGGCUUAAACCUUCAAAACAAUGGCCUUGUUUUUAAAAACCCUCCUUUAAUCACAAAGCUCUUCCUUCCUGUAACCUCCACUCCGCUUAGUGUGAGAGUGCUUUCAUCCCUGAUGUCCCUUCCUCUGUGUGUUUCUGUUUGUGCGCAGAGAGGUGUGCGUGCGGCAGGACAGCCGGGUCCAUCUGACGGUGGUGUAUUUUGGGAAGGAGCAGAUGAGCGAAGUCCGCAGCACUCUGGAGAACACAUCCAGGUGGGUUGGGGUUGGAGACACACUAAAUAUCGGCUCUUUGAACUCAAGGCUAAACGCAGGAUAUGGAGGCCAAUUCAUGAGAUAAAAAUGAAGUCCACAGCAGCCUUGCACCCUUCAUCUUUAAGCAAACACUACAGACAUUUUUUUUCCAGCAAAAACUCCCAUCUUCAAAUUCUGUAUUCCGCCUCACCCGACAUUCGCACAAAAGCACACACACACGCACACACCUCCUGACUGGGCGUCCUGCCACAGCCACUCAUCUGUCUGAUGAAUAAUGGAGUAGCAGAGUGCCACCCACGCCGAGAAGCUGAGAGCCACCAGCCAACACGGAUAAAUUACAUCAGGCCUGUGAUCAUCCCUGACUCAUGCUAAAACCUCUAACACGGACCUCGACACCCACACCUCCAGAGACCAUCGCCGCCGGCCGAUACGGUCCUCCCUGUGGAGUGAGCCGCAAUUUCUCCCCAGGGAGUUGCUAUGGCGACGCUUGUCGAUUCCCAGCCUUGGAGGUUUUUUCUUUGGCCUUGAGUCAAUUGGACGAUCUGUCGAAUCUCACAGCAUCUCUUUGUCUCCUGGCGUCUCUGCCUGUUGCUGUAGCUCAGAAGGAAAUAAAAGGAUUAGAAAAGGCAGCAUAUGAUUUAUUUAUAAAAAGUUAUCUUUAAAAAUGGGCUGAAUGAAAACCUGCAAAUGUGGAAAUACAGAAAGAUUAAAAUGUAUUGUUACAGCUGCUGCACAACAAUGGGCUCAGACCAGGCAUUUCAAUCAAUUUUGUCCUGGUUAGAGUUACUUUUUAAUGUUUAAAGCUUCAAAAUAGGCUGAUAUUUACGACAGAGUAUUAGGGCCACAUUAAGAAAAAAAACAUUAAGACUUCGAAAUUAAUUUACGAGAAUAAAGUCGUAAUAAAAUAAUUACUUACGAGAAUAAAGUUGUAAUAAAAGCAUUACUGAAGAGAAUAAUGCCUCAGUCAAUGAUGGAUUGGUCAAGGUCACGCUACAAAGAAGCGGCUGCUGGAAGAGAGUAGGUGAGUUGUGUUUAGUGUCUAGAGAAGCAAACGGUCAGCAACAUUCGUCUCUCGCAGAUGUGUCGAACUGUUACAUUGUGUUUGAGCCUAAAUUAAUUUUACACCGGAAUGUCCCUUUAAUGUGGCCCUAAUACUCCGUUGUAGAUAUUAACAGAUUUACUACUAAAAAAGAAAAUAUGACCAUCAGCAACAUAGACAGUUGUCAGAAAAUACCACUUAUAAACGUACAAGACAAAAUCAGCAAAGAAAUAAGAAGUAUCACCCUGUUCACAGGGGGCGCCAAAAUCAACACAAACAGAAAGUUCCCUACAGGAGCUUUAAGUCAAGUGACUUUGAUGCAAAGAAAAAGAGCUUUAUUCACAUUUGAUGCCUAUAAAAAUAGUAAAUACAUCUACACCUCCUCCUGCUGUACCAAAAUGAAGCCAAACAGCAGAGAUUAAUCAAAUGCAUGGAAGUAGUUCUGCCAAACCAGCCAGACAUUUUGGAGCAAGUUGCAAAGCUGUAAUGCAUCCUGUGGAUAGUUGCUGUAGCACAAUAAUCAGGACUAUUAUUCUGCACAGCCAGUUAGGAAAAGUUUGUUAGAGAAACUCUGCUGAUUAAAAAUAACUGGAUCAGAAGUAAGAGGAAGGACGGUGGGUGAAAUGAGGGAUCUUCAAAACUCUCCUGUCGUCUCUCUCCCUGAACAGCACAUCGGCCCUGAACUCUCUAAAGUGUUUCAUAUUCCUCUCACGCUGCACACGACGCAUUCAUCAGUUAGGUAGCAGCUUAUCUGGAUGUUAAUCAGGGCUUGUAAUCAGCUCUGUUCUCCUCUUUGCUUUAUCUUGCUUUCAGGCUGUGAUUGAAAUGAAUGUGAAUCAUCAUCGGAGAAAGCUACCUGUGGUUCAGAUUCUCUGGACGCGAGCAGACACACACGCACAGCGCACUCAUAAAUACACUCAGGAAGAUGAAUGAGUGUGUGUACAGGCAAUUAAGCUGCGACUGCAAACUAAACUGAGUCAUCUAUGAUUUAUUUGGAUGAAUAUACUCAUUGUUCUAUCUAUAGAGCAGCAAGAGCUGGAGUUGAACAGGUGUCUGAUGUUUAGAAAGUUGGCAGAUUUUGAACCCCCCUCCACGCUCUUUUCUUCCAUCCUCUCUGCAUCCAUUACUGUCAUCUUUUGUGUGUUCAAACAACUGCAGCUCUGUGAAAACUUUCCAGGAACGACUGUGUGUGAGAAUGUGCCCGCUAUCAGGGACUAAAGUAAGAACUAGCUCCAUUUUGAGCAUAACCCAACCCUGAGGCGCAGCAGUACUCUGAGCUAACACCAGAAACAGCAUGCUAACAUGUUCAAAGUGAGAGCUUUAACACAGUAUGUGCACCAAGUUUCAUGAGUGUUUUCAUCAAAUAUAAUGAGAUUGUUCAGUAUUUGCUGAACUCACAAGACACUUCUUGAAUAAUGCCUUUGAAUUAUUCACAUAUCACAUUAUCAACUUACCACAUUUUCUAAUUAUCGACCCUCAAAGCUUUCACACUGGGUGACUCACAGCGCAGUGCACACAUGCAGGCAAACACUGACAAUUUCUUUUUUACUGAGAUCUUAUAACCAGACUUUCUCAUAGAACACGCUGUGAUAAAUACUUGAUUUUAACCACAGACUGUAUCAUAGAUGGCGGUCGCAUCAGUGACUUCACCCAUUUGUUUUGUGAAGCAGAGUUUUGAGGCUAAGCGCAAGUCACGAUAUUGGUAAUGCGGGUGCAACCUGACUUUCAACCUGUCAACUCCCAAAGGACCACCUUUUCAAGGCUCCUGGAAAGGAUAUCGACGUUUUCCCAUUUGGUCUAUGUGUUUUUUAGACUUGGAGGAGUCUUACAAUCAAUUUCCCUUGUCACUAAUUCAGUUUCAUGGACAGGACCAUAGGUUGCAGGAGGGUUCCCAGUUUGGGAGUUUUAGAAUCCCAUCUCUGCUCUUUGCAGAUGAUGUGGCUGUUUUGGUUUCUUUACGUUGAGACCUCCAGUGGACAUUGGUGCGAUUUGAAGCUGAGUGCAAAGAGGAAAAGAGUCAGCACCCCCAAAUCUGAGGCCAUGGUUCCAAGGUGGACUGCUCUCUCUGGGUGGGGAGUAAGUCUUAACCCCUAGUGAGAGAGUUCAAGUAUUUUGGGGUUUCAAGGGGAAAAUGGAUUGAUAGGUGGACUUGUGCAUAGGGAUGGGAAUUGAUAAGAUUUUAUCGAUAUCAAUGCCAUUAUCUAUUUGCCAUUAUCUGCUUAUCGAUUCAAUUCUUUAACGAUUCCCUUAUCAAUGCCUUUGUUUGAUUUAAAAAAGUAGACUAUAGGUUUUCCCCGGUAACUCGAAAUUUUAUUGAGUCUCUGAUAACGGAAAAAUAUGUAAAAAGUCUAAAAAUAAUCAAACAAAAAUUCUAUUUGUACAGCAUUUCUGGUAUGCAUUGUGUUUAUGUUAACAUGGUACAUAUGUUAGGGUGACCAUAUUCUGAGUCACCAAAAAGAGGACACUACUACGUGUGCGCGAAAUUUUGAGUUUUUUUUUGGUUCGAGUCAAGUGUUUUUUAUGCGCUUCUAACUCAGUUAAACGCAUAUUAUUCAGGAUUUCCGAAGACAGUGCAUGUGUGUGUCAGGUCAGUGGCUUUGCUUAGAAGUGAGCGGAGGGGCAGAGCUGCAGAGAGCACUGAUGCGCUGCACUGUUUUAUAAUAAUUGAAUACAUGUUCUGGAUAUUUGAAGGAUUUUAUAAACUUCCCCCCAGACAGCCCCCCCAAAAGAGGACAUAUCCGGGGAAAAGAGGACGUAUGGUCACCCUAUCAUAUGUACCUUCCAUGCCGUGCUGAGACAGGGCUGCAGCGGCUGACAACUGGCGUAGAGCAUCAAAUACAUGUGACUCCUUAGAUUUGAUGCUGUGCUCCGUUGGCAAAUGUUUCAGUAUGUUGCUAGUAUUUCCACCUUUGUACGUUAUCACUGCCCGACAAACUUUGCACUGUUGUUGUCUUUCUUAGUAAAAUUAAGCCACGUUUUAGCUCGUUCCCGCCUACUUUUCGUACUGUCUGCCAUGUUUUUUUCUCUGUCUCUGUUCCCGUUUGCGUAGACUGGCACUCACGAGACUGUUUUUCAAGGCACCCGGAGGAAAGGAAUCGUUAAGGGAAUAAAAUGUAAAUGAUGUCGAUGGAUUGAACCAUUUGGAACCGGUUCUCAACAAGAUCCGGUUCUCGAUUCCCAUCUCUACUGCGAGUGUUGCACUGGACCAUCAUGGAAAGGAGACGGCAAAGGUUUUGAUGUACCAGUCGAUCUACCUUCCAACCUCACUUAGGGUCACAAGCUGUGGGUAGUAACCAAAAGAAUGAGAUCAUGUUUACAAACUGUGGAAAUGAGUUUCCCCUGAGGGAUGGCUGGGCUGGGCCUUGGAGAUAGGAUUAGAAGCUCAGACAAACAGAGGGAGCUCAGAGUAGAGCUGUUACUCCUUUGCAUUGAAAGGGGUCAAUUGAGGUGGUUUGGACUCUUGAUCAGGAUGCCUCUCUUUGGAGGUGUUACAGGCAUGUCCAACUGGUCAGGAGACCCCAGGGUAGAACAAACCUGACCUGGGAAUGCCUUAGGAUCCCAGAGGUAGAGCUGGAGAGUGUUGCUGGGAGGAAGGAGACUUGUGCCAACUUGUUUAGCAUGUCCUCGCAACUCGACCCCGGAUAGACAGAAGAAAAUAGAUGAAUGGACCUUUGUACCUGUCUUAGGCUUGUUUUGAGAGUCUGGAAACAAUGACGGAUACCAGGUAUAUUGUGACAGCAGCCUGAGGAGUUACUGGGCCCCAAGCAUCAUCUGUCCACCUCAUCAUCCCUCACUAAACCCUCCAAAAACAAAUCCAAACCCUAGCAGAGCAGUUGAAAUGGUCAAAAUCACUGUCACUCUUGACGUCUAUGAACUCAAAUUUGUUCACAAAACCACACAGUUCAAGUGCAAACACACACACAAACCCACACACCUUCACUCACAAAGCAGUCAAUAUCUGUUCCCAGCAGUGAUGGCAUCAUUAGAGGCUGAUCUGAUUCUCCGCUGCCCUUCUUACAAAUUUAAUUCACCUCUGGAAAGUGGUUUGAUUUGUCUCCUGCUCCCUAACAACCUCCUGCUAUUUGUCCUUUUUUCAGUCACAAGCAGUAUCACUCCUCGCUUUGAGCGAACUGUUGUCCCUGCGUAAUUUCCCUGUGUAAAAAUACAUGUAGAUGAGUUUCAGUAGAUGAUUUGGAGCAAAUUUCCUCGACACUAGUCAGAUUGUACUCCAAUCAAUCUAUUUUUCAGCAAUCAAAUCAAAGUUAAAGCUGCAUGGAUUUUAGAGCCAAUGAGAUCGUUCAGUAACUAAAGCCAAAGAAACAGAAUAGAUAAAAAGAAAUGCUACAGAAAAUCAGAGCCAUCCUCUUCCAAGGCUUCUGCUAGACACAAGGGAUAGCGUCUAAAAUAGAUGGGAUCAGCUGCUGAAGUUUCAAGUAUUACGCUUACAUAUCCGCACUUCAAAGCCUGAACUCAGGAUCAAACCAUCGGGGGGCAUGUAUGUCUCUGAGCCCUACACGCUCAGGAAUAAUGAUUCAGAGCAAGGUUAGAUAAAGAGGAAGCGAUACAAUGGAGGGGAAACGAGGAAAAGGAGAGAGAUACCAGUCGAUAUGUGAGGAUACACCCCGGGUUUUAGUCUCUGAGGGGAGACGGUGGCUGAGGGGGGAACAAAGAGAUGGGAAGUUAGUGCAAAAGGUGCAAAGAUAAGAUGAGAGGAAUCACAGAAAAGACAGUUUUUCCAGGGAAGGAUGAAGAGCAUCGGCAAGGAUAUCAAAGGAAGUAGAGUGUUUAGAUGAAAGAGGAGGGAUCUAAAAUUUGGACAGAUAAAGAAACAAAGGAUGAGAUCACUCCAUCACCCUUUCAACUACAGCAGCAUUUACCUCAUCUUUCUCUUGCACCAUCUCCCCGGCAGACGCCUCCAUAAGCCUUUAAUGUUACUGUGGCAUUUCUUUCAGUUCACAGACGGGUCAACAAUACUCCGAAGAGCCUCUGACAGCUCUGACGAAAAUGUAAGGGAAAAUGUCAACAAGAAGGUGUCUGAGGGGGAAACUCAUGAGUGGAUGGAGUGAUAAACAAAUCAGGGAGGAAAUCUGAAAGCUGUCCAUUAUUCAUCUUAAAGAAAGAGAGAGUGUCUCUGCGCAGAUUACUCACCGCUGAUAACUAGUGGAGCUGUCUCGCCCGAGGGCUGAGCCUGAGAGUGAUCACAACAACUCUACAUUUUUUAUGGCUCGCACUUACCUCUCCAUUACAUGCACAGACUGCUGAUUCCCCGGCUCACUGUAAAGCACAAGCCUCUUUUUUUUUUUUUUUUGCUUUCCUCUAGACAAAAGCCCGGGGAGAAUACAGCAGCCAGCCUGCUCUGUAAACAACAGACAAGAUGAAAGGCAAAGAGGAGAAAGAUUGACUUGCUUAAAAUCGAUUGCAGGUAUUAAAAAAAUCCAAGGCAGGAGAGAGCUUACAGUAAGUUUGGCUGCACUGAGAUGUUGAGGAAGCGACUGCAGCCUCACUCCGUUAUUUCAAAUGUAUUUAUGAGGCAGACUGACUUAUGGUGGAGACCCGCUAAUGCGAUGAUUUAAUGUAGCAAUAAUGACAAAAGCCUCACAUUCAUUUUAUGUGGGGCGUGAGGAAUUGCUCUGUUAAGCAUUGUGGGUUUCCGGGCAAAGCAUGAAUGAUCAGCAAUGCUAAAAACAUUAAUUUAUCCAUUUGUUAGGGAGAGAAAUUAUAGCUGUGAGCAAAUGAGGGAAAAUGCCUCGCAUGUGAGUAAUAACCGGAAGAAAAAAAAGCUAGAAAAUGGACAUACUGGUGGGAAGAGAAGUAAGGGUUUACUUGCAGCUGGUCUUCAAGAGGAGAUAUUGUUUUUUUCUGUUUGGGAUUCCUCCUCCUUUCAGAGUCCCUUGCUUCUAAAAUGACUGGAAAACAAAAAGAGAGGCGCUGUUUAAUUAGUUCAACAACAAGUAAUUAUGGGAGUAAGUGCAGUUUGCUUUAUUCGCCCAAUCAUUGCUAAUGAGAAUGCUACUCGCCAGCUUGUGAGGGGCUGACAGCAGGGAGGAGGGGUGGGCGCUUUGUUUGGCAGCUUGUUUGCUUACAGGAUAGCUUAAUACGCUCGAUCACUCGAGUCCUGAAAAUGCCAAGCAGUUGUUUUUUUUUUUGUUUUUUUGUGAAGGGUUAAGCUUUGAACCCAUCUUAAUAGUUUUUUUUCCUGCCUGGCCCCCAGCAAAAUCUCCUCCUGAAGUCAGGUUAAGCUGGUGUGUACACAAAACAGAACAUGUGGGGUGAUGAUGUUGAUAGACCCUUUAGGGCUGAUGACACAAUGACUUCACACGGAACGCUGAAAGAAGCAAAACUGAAGGCAAACAUGAAUCAUUAUCACAGAGCCGAGGGCAACAUAUCUCAAGACUGAAAUUAUAAUGUACGCCAGCCGCCAUGAUCCGUCAACAUAAACAAAGACGACUGUGGUUAUUGUGAUCAUCAAAAAUGCCUGUAUGUGCAGAGUACACUUUAAAUAGCUUGUAUUUAUGAAUAGCAUUAUAUGUAUGAAGGGUUAUCAUAACCCUCUAAUCAGAAAUUUUUGAGGCUUCAAGACAACUAUCGGGUUUCUCUGUGAUGUUUUUAGCAUGUAGCUGUCGGUAACAGUCUUAGUCACUUACCCUACAGCUGAUAUUCCUGAUGGAUUCAUCUUAAAAAGACAGCAGCAAACUUCACACAGAUAAGAUAAAAUUGACAACAAUAUAAGAGUUCUCACUUAAUCCACAUGAGGGCGACAGAGUCAUCACAGACAGAAAGUUCUUCACAGGAGCUUUAAUAAAGGAAAAAAAGAAGACCUUUAUCAUCAUCAUCAUCAUCUAGUUCCAUUUUGCUGUUGCCUCCUUUUUAUUCAGAUUUGCCUCAUUUCCCCCAAACUUGCCAGUUGGCGUAAAUUUGACAUUACUCUGUGGUGAAAUCAGACAAAUGAGCUUCCUGUAGCACUGGCAAAAGGAUGAGAGCAUCUCAUAAUGUGCCACUGGUGAUCUAUUUUUGGAGCAAUUAUUGGAUUGCCAAGAAAAACUGUGAUAAGGAGGGAACAGAAUCUGGUAUUGAUGGCUCGCCGAAGUCCCAGUGUGCUGAAAAAAGCCCAGAGGGUUGAAUUUAGAAGUGGCAGUUCUGGGUAUCCAAGUGUUGUAGCCCAAUUAGAGUACUGGUCAAUGCUAGAGGAUAUGUUUAUAGUUUUCUGUGUUUAGAUAUAUGAUAAUGGUCAAAUUCAUUGAAAAGUUAAAGGUCACUUUUACAACUAAAGUUACCUGUGAGCUUUGUCUGGACUUGUUUUGGAGUUGACAGCAAAUUCUGUCUAAAAGUCACCUUCACUCUCGCACAUGUAUUUUUAAUGCAUUGUUAUUAUCUUCACAGAAAUCUGAUUAUAUCUUUCAGAUAAAAACUUGCUGAUAGAGGUCAAAGCAGAAUAAUGUCCUUGGUGUGGAUGUCAGCGUGAUGUUUAAAUUGCAUUUACACAUUCAUAAGUAAAAGGCCAGACUCUCAAAAAAGAUCUCUGCAUGAUGAGGGAACAUUUCACAUCGCACAGUUUGGUUAUUCAGAUAAUAUGUCAAAGUAUGGAUCACAUUUUGAUAUAAAGAGUAAAGAGGGUCAGAGUCUGUCCUGCAAAGGCCUGAAUUUCUUCAUCAGACCUGUCAAAAGGUUGAUUCAGUCAGAGAACAACCAAAGUAAGAGGGAUUCAUCCUUUGAAGACCAUGAAUAUUUGGAUAAAAAUUGUGAUCAGGAUCUAUUAAAUGGUUGUUUAGUUGGUUUAUUUGAAACAAACAGACUCAAACUGCAUGUUCCCAGUAUGGCUGAGAGGCAAAAAUACUUCACUGGUAUCUCAGAAACAUGUUUAGACUGUAAAAAAGCUCACGUAAAGGCUCUUACAGAUGAGAAUUUUCACUUAUGGUAAGCACCGUAUCUGCAGUCAGUCCUCGAGCUAUAUGCGCGUGCAAACAAAUAAAUGCAGCGGUUACACUGAGGCGCAGAUUCACAAAGAAAGAAAAGAGAAAAUCUGGUCUCGGUUCCCUGUCCUCAGCAGAACUAACAGGAUCAGGCCUGCUGCUGAGACACAACAUGACAGCUCUUUACAUUCUCACUCUGACACACUUUCAACAAUUUAGCCUGAACAAGGUAGCAGCCAUCACGCCCACAGUAAACAAAUUGACUAUUUUAAGCCAUAAUAGGGGUGCUGAUGCCUGUGGGGGGAGACGGGAGAAAAACAGCCAAAUAUAAAAAGUAAUUUAGAAAACAAGGGUACUGCAGGGUUCAAGAGGAGUUUUCCCCAAGCAGGCAAUAAUAGCACACAUGUUCGUAUUUUUGGCCCUUUUAGAGACUCAGGAAAUAGGUACAUGGGCAAGUAAACAUCUCGGAGUAAUUUCCAGAGUUAAUGUGCUCCGGCCAGCACACACAGCACUGUGAAUAAUAAACCAACUUUGGCUGGACGAGACACAAUUUCUCUGAAUCAUGUUGGUAAUCAGGAGAACAUCAGCAUCAUACAAAUGCUUUUGAAUUAUUAAUCAUUUGACCGUUCUCAAGAUAUAAAUACACACUGGGGGAUAAUCUAAUUGUAGCAAGAAUUUCAGGAAUGAUGUGAAACUGUAAGCUAAUUAUGAAGCUGCUACUGGGAGGUAUUCAGUCUGCUAUUAGCCGGGAGAGGCUACAAAAACACUUAAAAAUUGCAGAUUAGACUGAAUAACAAACUAGAAAUAAGUGUCUUCCAUGUUAAACUGGUUUGUAAAGAAGUAUUUGCUUGUGUGGCUAUUUUUUUUUAACUUAAAGUAUAGCUAAUUAUUGAAGUUUUACUUGAGUUGAGUGUCCAUGAAUGCUAGCGAAAUAGGCUAUAAUGUGUGAUAUUCUUGAGAGCUGAGUGAUACACCUGCACACACAGACACACAUGCAAAUUUCCUCACCUACCUGUUCCACAUUUUAGAAGAAAAAUUGUAUUAAAUGAUUUCAUUUUUGGGAUAAAACUGUGUCUUUUACAGAGACCAUGAUAAACCAUCUUUACUAAACCAAGAAGUGUUAGCAUAGCUUUCUGUAUUAGGCUAAAAGGGGAAAGCUCACUUUCGCUCAGAUUUUAGUUCAGGUUAAACAACCCAGACAUAACAAGUUUGGCUAUAAAGCUUUGAAGAUGCUUGUAGGCAGAUUUUAUCCCUAAGUUAGUAACAUUUAAGUUUACAAAGCACUGAUAUAUUAAUGUUUCUGUUGAGCUAAGCCAACCUACUGCUAGCUUAAGUUAGCUAGUAGCAGCUUAGCUUAGUUUAGCUUGUACAGCCCAGUUAAAAGAGGGGGGAAGAACCAGCCUGCAGCCAUGUAAACCUUACUUUUUUCCCAUUUUACUUAUGAUUGAAUCAUCAGAGAAACAAACAGUAAUUUAAAUUUUGAUUUUAAUUCAUAUUGAACAAGAAAGAGUCUGAAAACUUCAAGGAUGCUAGUAGGAAGACUGGUGGUGUUGGUUCAACUUUUUUAAAAAGGACUGAAAUGUAAAAUCAGAUUGAGAGUUUCUUGUGAGUGGAUAGACUUCUGUUCAGCUUAUUUCCCUCAUUUUAAGCUGAUCUGAGGCUAAAUUACUCCUGCAGCCCUGAAUCAGCAUGCAGAUAUAAAUAUAUUCAUUUGACUCUCAGAAGCUCAAAUGUGCCAAAAUAUUCCUCCACAGCAAAGACAUAAAAAACACUUUGCCACUUUUUCAUAUUCAUAGGAAUAAAAGUCAAUAUAUCUGGUUCCCACGAAGGUUCUACCGCUGUAAAGUCUUGAUUUCUCUUCCUCAGACAGAAGAGCUUACCGCCCCAUUACAGUUGAGACCGGCUCAACAUGUGAGCGUAGCUACUAUUGCAUUAACAUUGUUUGAGACAAACAGAGCCAUUGUGCUGUGGAUCUACCAUCUGUAGACAGUUUAGUGCCAGCGGGUGGGUCAGCCUCUCUUGGGACUCUGUGUAGACUGAAACAGAUCGACUCUGUUUGGAUUUAUAAACCGUAGACAGACGUGGAGCCUGGACUGUGUUUGCAGAAGAAUCAACUGACAGAGCACCAACACAUGUUGACUGGCGCACUGCAAUUGUUCCGUUUAACCGAAAACUGAUAUUAGACCGACAAAUGAGUCAACAAUGCUAAUGCUGCUUAUAAAUGGGGUCAUCUUUUCUUGCUUCGGAGAGAAGUGUCAGGUCUUUUUUUUUUGUAGGAUAGGCUACAGAGACAAGGAUUUUUCCACACUUUUACAUGGACAUGAAUAAAAAUGCUGAAAAGAGCAUUUACUGACAUCCGCUCUCACACACACACACACUACAGUGAAAUGGGAAAGCAUGAUUCAAGCUGCCUCUAGCACAAACAAACCGACUGUGUUUCCCCUGGUCAUCCUGGUUUAUUUUUCUGCCUACCUGCUCUGUCUCACAUGUGUUAAGUCAUCCAGAGUCACAUGGAUGUGGACAGACCUCAGACCCUUUUUUUCUGCUUCAAACAGAGAAACAGUUUCCCUCAGUGUCUCCUUACUCAGUUAGAUGAAAGUGUGAGUGUGCAUGUGAGUCUGUGCAUGCAUGAGUAAAGGAUUAGUCACUGACAGUGUGAUUUUUAUGGUUGAGGGAAAAAAAAACAUGGCUAUGUACAUCUGGAUCCAGCUGCUUGUCUCACCACAUCCUGAUGGGGCUUCAUGCCCCUGAUGGAUGAGCUUUGAUACCAGUGAAAUAUUGUACAAACAGAAUCCAAAAGAAGUUAAAAAAUAGUUUGGAAAUGAAAGCUGUGCUGAUGUUGACCAGAGGAUUUAUGAGGUCAUUGUUUUGUAAUCUUUAUUUGGGAAAUAUUAAAGGCAGAAAACAGAGGAUAAUAGGGACAGAUUAUCCCACGAGGGGAGCCAAGGGUGAAAUUGCACAGUUGUUGUCCUGUAUUGACCCUCCUAUGUGGCCUUUAAGUACCAGUUAAAUACAACACAUUUGGCAGCUGUGUGAGUCCUCGAAACCAACUACUUCACUGAGAAUAAUCUGUACACUUGUGUGCCAUGUUGUGAUAGUUAAAUCUAUUACAAAUGUACUCGGAAGAGGCAAUUCAAGGCCCUGGACUUCUUUUCACUCUUUUAUUUAUUAAUACAGCCUCAGUGUUGAACUCUGUGGUGCAGCUGCUGUGGAUCAAAAUACAAAAUCAUGAUGAUGUAUUUGAUGCAGAUUGGACACGAUAAGAUCUCACAGCUGAGGUGGACAAUGGGCUCACAGACCCUCAUCCCCGCCACACCUGCGAGAUCCAGUAUUGAAUAUUUGCAUUAGGGAUUCAAUUUCUGCAGAAACUAUUAAUUCAUAAUCCUUUUUAACCUUUUUCAAAGUUUUUGAAACACAGAAGUGUUUAAGGAUGGCUGAAAUAAGUGAAAAUGCAUUAAAGGCACUUUUGAGGGGUGAAACGAAAAAGAGGAAAACUCAUCAUAUUAAAAUGUAUUUAAAUAAAGACAAAAAUUACAGGAAUUGUGCUGAAAUAAGUGGCUCUUAAAAAGAUGAAAGAGGAACUUAGCCAAAGAAGGAAACUAGCAGCCUUUUUAAUCAGUCAUGAUAUAAAUGUAAGUUGUUUAUCACUGCUGUAGGGAAGAAACCCCGCAUCUCCACAUUCCAUCAUUUAAUUUUUUAACAUUCAUCAUCCCUGUUAAUCAUCAUCCCUUACUGGUUGCCAUGAAACACAUUUUUAAAAAAUAUUUUCAUCAAAUUUUGUGAUUUUGGAGAUAAGAGGGCUCUGCUCAACAGCAGCAUUAUAUAAAAAGUGAAAAAAAGCACAGUACAGUGCAGUGACAAAUACAGAGCUGCUGACAGCAGUUGCAUAAAAGGAAAAGAAAAAGGGAAAAAUGUGUAUUGUAGUAUAAAAAUAACUGAACAUAUUUUUACAAACCUCUAAAGAUUAUGUGAUGUCUAAAGAAAGGUGGUUACACAUUCCCUUCCCUGUUCAAAAAGAGAGUAAAAAUAAACAACCUUUGCUAUAAUGCUCUCAGUUUCUCUGUCUAACCUCCAUCUUUCUCUGUGCUUCUCUGCAGGGAGGUGAAUUUUAAGAACUACACUCUGCUGCAGCUGGAUGAGGAGUUUUCUCGGGGACGGGGUCUUGAUGUCGGGGCCCGAGCCUGGAAGGGAAGCAACGUUCUGCUUUUCUUCUGUGAUGUGGAUAUCUACUUCACUGCUGACUUCCUCAACACCUGCAGACUCAACACCCAGCCUGGUUAGACACAUACACUCUGUUUUUCUGACAUGGUUGCACUCUGAAGCUCGACAGGAUUAUCAUUAUACACACGUGUUUUUGGAAAUAUCUUAAAUCAGGAUCACCCCUAAUAUAAUUGGAGCUGAUACUCAGUAUGGUCAAUUAUCUUAAUCAGCCUUCAUCCACAUGGGUGUAGCCCUUGGCAAGAGGAGAGGAAUAUCCAAUUAAAUUCAUUAAUUUAAACAUGUGCCACUUUGGCUCCACUGCUGAUGUUUCUCUCCUUCUGGUUCUGUUUUCUUACACCACACUGUCUAAUCUAGUGUCCCACCCAUAUCACUGUGUGGCUAAAAGUCACAUGACCAUGUGACGCAACAGCACUUUAACUAGUUAACUAUUAACUCCUGUAUAUAAUGUUUUAUGUUUCAGUUUUGGUGAAUUGUUGAGGGCAUUUAAGAAAUGUUAUAAGUUUAAAAUUUUGACAGAAAGUUUGAUUUUUACUGUUAGUGCGUAUCAUUUCCAAAUAUCCACUGUCGGCCCUUAAACACCAAUAGGGGAGAGUGGGGUAAGUUGCUGCUGGUUUACAGGGAUGCACAACAUCUUGAAAUAUAUGCAGUUACACUGUUUAGAGACAAAACUGUGAUUGCCUUGAUGUAGUGAUCCACUCUCCCCUAUCAGUCAGCCCCCAGUUGAUAUGACUCCCUUCAGAUCAGUUCCUGUCUGACAGUACUUUCUCACUCCUCCUCAGGUAAAAAGGUCUUCUACCCGGUCUUAUUCAGCCAGUACAACCCCACUCUGAUCUAUGGAGGUCCUGAACACGUCCCACCUGUGGAGCAACAGCUGGUAACAAACACUAAUCAAAGCUAUCCUCUCUUUUUUCACUCUUUUUUUAUGCACUCUACAAGCUAUAAAUGGGAAAAUACCACCCUUGGGUAAAGAAAUGUUUCCAGUGUCAAGCUGCUCAGUAAAUUGAUCUAUGGAAUAAAUCUGCUCCUGUUGACACUGAAGUCUGUUGUGCUGAUAUGUAUCCAUUUACAAGCGCUCUCAGACUUAUUUUCCUGUCUGCAGGCAAUCAAGAAAGACACAGGGUUCUGGAGGGAUUUUGGUUUCGGUAUGACCUGCCAGUACAGGUCCGACUUCAUCAACAUCGGUAAAUAUAACAGCAACAACAACGGUCACCAGGGUUGUACCCAACUCAACGUCUGAGGAAUGCAUUAGCAUGUAAACAAUAGCACUCAUCUGUGCUGAGGUGUUACAUAACACGGAGAGAAAUGGGCUUCCUGGAUGGCUACCAAACACCCGCUCUGCUACAGUAUGCUAAUAGUGCCACCGCUUAAUGGAUAUGAAAGACAUCAGGACAGAAAUAUUACAUUACUUUUCUUAACUGGGAGGAGAUUUCAUUAUAUCACUCUGCGUGGAGCCGCUCAGAGCAGCAGCAGCAUAGAUUAGCAUAUCUCACAGCCCUGUGUCCUCCCCAUCUGUAUAUUGAGAAACAUCAGCUCUCAAGACAGAUUUACAUCAAUUUAGUUUCCCUCCAAAGUGAAAUCAAUGAGAGGCUAGAGGGAAAUUCAGAGUGGUUUAUUGCCUCACGCACACUUACACACACACACAUAAGGCAUAUAAAUGCUCUCAUUUUACAGCUGAAAUUUGAUACAAGAAAUGAGAAGUAGAGAAAGUGUGACAUUUUGCUAAAAGCGGUUCAUUCACUUUCUUGCCUACAGUGAUAUACAAGCACUUAACUGGGUAAAUAUGUAAAUGAGCCCAGUAUGUAAAAUAGGAGAAGAUUUAUUUUGGUAGGAGAAACUCUUGGGUUAAUAUCCCCAAAGGGGAUCCUAAACGGUGUUAGAGCUGUACUUUAAAUCCCACUUUAUCAUGAGCAUAUCAAUGAAUUUGAUCAUAAAGAAUGUUUUAUAUGAGCGAUCAAUGAUUUGCCACUCAAUACAGACACAUUUUACUUCUAGGAUGGAGCCUUUUAGAUGAGUACAGGCCUUUCAAAACACUCAAAUGAAGUUCAGCCUUGCUGCCAAGCACAGGCUCACUCUGAUUAAUUGGUGCCUUCAUUUUAUUUGUGAUAUGAAAGUCAUGUUGCAAUCAGCGGUAUUGUUUGAAACAAAGAGUCAUCAUUGAACAUGAAAACUGCAUAUAAUAGCUAGUAAAUGUGACAGAGGACUGGGACCACAUUGGGGUUGGAAAAAGCUUCAAGAAUAAAGUCCCUAUUUUGUCAGAAUAAAGACUUAACCGAUAAAAUGUUGUAUACUGUUGGGAAUAAACAGAAAAGUACAAGAUUUAGGUUUUACAUUUACAAGUAAAACUCCAUAAAUUCUGGAGAGAAAGUUGAAGAGCUCGAAACUUGUGGGGUUAAAGCCACAGAUUUAUAAGAAUAAAGUUGUAAAUUAAAGCUCCUGUGAGGAGUUUUCUGUCUUUGGCGCCCCCCUGUGGACAGAGCAAUCAUCUCACCUUCAAAAUGAUUAAAACAAGGCUGUUUUUCCAGCUGUCGGCAUUAAAAAAUUACAGUUUAAAACUCAUCUGCCUUGCUGCUGCUGUUCUUGUUUACUUUUGUGUUUCAUAAUAAGGCAUUAGUAAGGAUUUCAGUCUAUUUUAAAAGUGUGGAAAAACCGCAGACAGCAUGAUGUUCUCACUUCCUGAAGUAUUUGUGGACAACUUUGAAGCCUUGGUUUUAUAUUUGGCAUCCCCUUCUCUGUUUUGAGGUGCUGCAAAUGACUUCAUUUUUACAAGGGGAUGAAAAUGAUUCCAUUUUGCAACUGCAGUCAUAAACUCUUUUGAAAAAUGUUACAAUAAAGCAGGAAUUAAAGUAAUUUUCUCAAAUACUUGCACAAAAUGUCUUAAUAUGCAAAUGACUGAAUCUUUAGAGGUAUACAAUAGCAAGUUACAGACUUUUUUUUACCUGUAUGAUGAGCUAAGGUAGCUGUAAUCACUACAUAGAAGUGUUAUAUCAUCAACUUUCUUCUUGAUGGGGAGGAACAAGCAAGAUUCCUCUCAAAGUAAAGCUUUAUACAUUAGUUGGCAGAUUUCUCAAAGCCAUUUAGGUCUUUAUGAGUGCAGACACACAAACAACCCUAACGUUUGAUCAGUCAGGUUAAGAAUCCCGUCUUAUCUCUGUUUGGCCCUGGAGCAGAGUUAAAAAGUGAGACAGAGACAGACAGGGAAAUCAAAAUAAAGCUGUCAAGAGACACAGCAUGAGAGCUCAAGCAGACAUGAGUUCCUCAGACAUCUGAAGAUACGAGUUUUAACAUGUCUGGUCAAGAUCUGCUUAGUAUCCAGCUUCAGUCCAAAGUUUCCUCACCGCCUCCUCAUGAAACAACAAACCUGGCAGUGUGGAGAGAAAACUGACUAUGAUCACAGACUGUCGACUCUCAUCAAGAUUCAUAAUCAGCUUUUCUGAAAAGAUUACGAACACCAAGCCGAGGAUGUUAAUUAUUCUGAACUGAUUAAAUAUCAAAGGUUUAACAUCUCCAUUUAACAGAGCACAUCCCAUAUGGAGUAAUGAAGCUUUGGAUUACAACUCCAUUAACCUCCUGCGCUCUCAUCUGCAGGUGGAUUUGACAUCAACAUCAAAGGCUGGGGGGGUGAAGACGUCCACCUGUACAGGAAGUAUCUCCACAGCAACCUGCAGGUGGUCAGAGCGCCGUCACGAGGCCUCUUCCACCUGUGGCAUGAGAAACACUGUGCUGAUGAGCUCCCGCCUGACCAGUACCGCAUGUGCAUGCAGUCCAAGGCCAUGAACGAGGCCUCGCACGGCCAGCUGGGGAUGCUGUUCUUCAGGCAGGAAAUCGAGGCUCACCUACGCAAACAGAAACAGCAAAACUCAAACUUGAAGAAGACAUGAAGGCGCGUGGGUGGUUGAGGUCACCACAAUAACUACUAUCUGCCUAAACAUUGCAGAUAAAUUAAACUCUGAUUUUUAACAGGACACACAUGAGCUGUCUUGCCAAGAGUUAGAUGAGGAAACCAUAUUGUAGAUAUGAAGCCAUAGCUAAUAAGUGAUUAGCUUAGCUUAGCUUAGCAUGCAGACUAGAAACAAGGAGAAUCAGCUGGCACGCUCUGUCAGUAGAAAGUUCUAGUAGAGGCAACUCUGAACCCUUUUUUUUUUUUCAUUUCUUUACUGAUUAAGUGAGCUCAAAAAGUGCUGUACAAAAAAUGCAUAGUUGUUCUGAUACUAGUGGCAUAUUGUGUUUAUUUUCUUAGUUGAGUUAGCUGACUAAAAGAAACAAUAUUUCCCAGUUUUGUUGGUUUAUAUUAAACCAAACUAAGUGAAGAAAAGCAGACACGGACAUGAGGUAUGGUAAUUUAUUCUGCUUGAUUCUUCAAAGCCAAAAAUAAGCCUCCUACAAGCCUGGGUUGCUCAGUAGCUCUACACUGUUGUUUUGAAUUGGAUUAAAAUAACACAACAGAUUUUUUUUUGUGAAUUUGGAAGCAGAUUUUUAUCACCUCAGCGCAGAGCCAGACUAGCUGUUUAUCUUUGUUUUCAGUCUCCAUGCUUAGAUGUUUGCAGCUUUAUAUUGUGUAUCAAUAUGAGGCUGUACUCAUCCAACUCAUGACAAGACGGAAAUCUUUAUUCAACAAUGUGAAGACUGUUUUUUUUUUUUUUAAACUUUUUCAGAACUUUUUUCUCUGUAUGUGAGGACAAGGUGGACUUAUUUUCCAGGACAGUUUGAACUGCUGAGGAAUUCACCUCCACCACUGCAGUGGACUCUUGUUGGACAUUCAUCAACAGAUCUCCUGUCUGAUACGUCCUCUAAAUUCUUUGGUUGCUGCAGCGAGGGCUGUGGGUGAGAAAACAGACUUUUUUCUGAGUUUGUGCUCUGGAAUCUCUCCAAACCGUGUGCCUUCAGUAAAUAAAACCCAAACACUGUCUCCUCAGGGUGACUGGUGAAAACCGAUUAAACCUACAGGUUUUUAAUACGUAGGGAAACAGGACCACCUAGUGGACUGAACGUGAAUGAAGGACUCUUUUAAAAGCCUGGAAUGGCCUUGUAAACCCUUUCUUAAGAUAAAUUAUUGAUUUCUCAUUUUUAUUUAUCUUUAAAUGUUUAUUUUUAAAAGCCAUCAUUUAUAAGGACUGAUUUUUUUUCUGUAUUUGUUGCCUGGACAGUAUUGUGUGUGGGCCUUUCACAUUAGGAGCAUAAUAAAGAGAGAGGUGUGUAAAAAAAAAAAAAAAACAUGUACAGUAUGGAAGCAUCGAGUUUUCCUGUGAUGACAAGAUAAUUUCAGUUUUCUUCAGAUCUCAACAACAAAUAGUCAAAACUUUAUAUCUCAAGGGCUGCAGAGGCACAAAACCAAGAUUGAAGUCAACUAAACUCACCCUAUUAGUGUAAGCAGUGGCAGCAUAACCUAUCUUAGUGACCGGCCUAAUGUCAGAAAAUUAUCACAAAGAAAUCAGGCUUGAUAUUUAUUUAUUUAUUUACAUUUUUAGGCGGGAUUUUGCCUGUAUCAGAGAGAACAGCAGGAGAAACUGGUGUUAUCUUUCUAGAUGGGGUGCAAACAUAGCUGCAAGGCCACCAAACGCCUCUUGUGUCCAUGAGAUAACAUGCAAACUUAAUCUUUAUGAAUUGGAAAACUAAUGUUGUUAAAUCAAGAUAAUGGGAAAAAUAAGUUGAGAUUGUGAAGGAAAAAUGAGAAUUUACUUAUCACAGAAAUAUAGUGUAAAUGAAAUGUUAAUUUAAGCCUACAAAACAGUAACUACAUAAACAGUAAAGUCAGGACAAAAGAAGUGAAAGUUUUCAGGCUGGGUGGCUCAUGGAGAAAAAUACAGAAAGGUUAAAGCCUAAUGCUUUCAUUUCAUGUUUUUAUGCUGGAUUUUACACCCAAAAUGUUAACUACAUUUAUUUUUUUUAAAGUUUUAGUUGUUUUGUUGCUACACAAAUCCACUAUAGACUCAAUCACAUUAAAAAAUAUAUAUAUAUAUAUAUGAGAUUUGAAGUGAGCCAAAUGGAAAUUUGACAACUACAGAUGACUACUACUGCUUGGCGAGCUACUGUUAGCUAGCAGGCAGUGCUUUUUUUCUCAUUAACUGAUUUCGCCACUGUUUAAUUUCAUAUAUGUUGGCAACCAAAUUUUAAUCCAAAUCAUUGAAAAGAAUUUACAGAUAACAGAAAUGGAAGUUAACAAUGUUGUUAAUUGUGGCAGUUUCACAUGUUAGUUUACCUUCUGCUCUGUGCUUUAGCUAAACUUCUCCGUAUGUCUGUGGCUGUAACAACAGCAGCAAUACAAUCAGAGGUGUAUGCUGGAUAUUUGCCUUCAGUUUUAACUUGUAAGAUCUAAAAACCCUGAUUUUUUUUUUCUAGAAAUGAAGUGAACAUUUCCGUGCUUGAAUAUUUCACAUGGUCAGAUACUGGUUAUGACUCAAGUUUUUGUAGAGUUAGUGUAAGUAAUAUGUUUGUUUGUUCUUUUUAAUCCUUUCAAAUUUGGGCAUUUGUAUUUAUUUUAAAAACAGAAAACAUUAAAGAUAAAUUUAUUUUUAGGAUGUUUAACUUAAAAAUUUUGACUGGUGAGUGUUUUUUGGUUGAAAUUAGAGUUGAGUCUGUAAAGGCAAACAGUGUUACAAUAUUGAAUUGUAUUAAAGACAGUAUUGCUGUUGAAUUUCAUGUAAUUGACGAUGGCUUUAUUAAGUCAGAUUGAGACUAUUGAUCUUGACAUGUUCGUUUCUGCUGUCAAUGUGACUCUUGUGUAUCUGGUCAUGAAUGUAAACACAGAGUGAAUAAUUUCAGUCGCAGAAACUGGAGAUGAAAUGGAGAUACAAACGCCUCAAGGUUACUGUAGUUAUAAGUUGUUCCAGCACUUCUUAAGAGAAGCGAGACAAGCUGUAUUUUGGGGUUGAUGACCAAAGAUGUGAAGAUUUGAGGCACUUUUUAAUCUUGUUUUUAAUGGUUUACCAUUGAGACAUUCCUUGUAAUAAUACAUGUAAUUAAUCUCUUUAUAUUUCAAGUAUUUUUUUUAUUUCAUGUAAACGAGUUGAAUAAAGCUGAGUUGGUGCAUUCUGUAUUUUGCUGUGUUU